AUGGCCACCAGGAAACUGACAGGUAGGCGAGGGAAGCAGCAGAUUUCCCUUGCUGUUGCUCUCCAGCAAUUGGCGUUCAGAGGUAGACUGUUUCUGAACAUGGGGGCUCCAUUGCCUCCCAGGCAUUUGAGGGACUGGUUGUUGAUUUCUGAGAGAUUCAUGGUUAGUUUCUGUUUGGCAUUUGAUAACUGUGUACGUGAUGAUUUGGGUAUUUUAAUGAGCUUCUGUAGGUUUUUUUUAGUGCUGUGUUUUUAUUGUAUGGAUCAGUUUUAAUUUUUGUAUGCAUUAUGGAAGUUGUCAAGAUGCUUUAUUGUAAUAGGCAGCCAAGAAAUUUAAUAGACAGAAUGAUGAUGAUGAUGAAGAAGAAGAAAUUUAUUGUACACAUUUUGAUGUCACCUCAAGAUGCACCUUUUUGCACAGGCCUUUGGGGGCUGGAGGAUGAGAUCAGAAUAUCUCUCAAAUUUGGCAUUUACAUAUUAAGUGGUUUAAUUGUAUUGAGCGGUGUGUAAAGUGCUCUGGGUGAUGGGCAUAAAUGCAUGGUGAUGGGCAUAAAUAAAUUCUUAAAAAUCAAAUUUAGCUCUUAUGCCUAUUAGCUAAUGAUAGACCUGACCUUCUUAAAACGGUGGUCAUCCACACACCUUGUAGUGGUGAAUUCUGUAUCCAUUCUGUGGAGGAAGACUUUCUUCUGAUUGGCCAGGUCGUCCAUCUAUUUCAUUGGUUUGGAAAAGGGUAACCAGAAUGAUCAAUGGAAUGGAGUGACCCCCCUCUGAGGACAGGCUGCAGCACAGGUACUUUUUAGUUUAGAGCAGGGUUUCCCAAACUUGAGUCUCCAGCUGUUUUGGGACUACAAUUCCCAUCAUCUCUGCCCAAUGGUCCUGCUAGCUAGGGAUGAUGGGUGUUGUAGUCCCCAAACAGCUGAAGACCCAAGUUUGGGAAACCCUGGCUUAGAGAAAAGGUGACAUUAUAGGGAUGUAUAAAAUCAUGCAUGGCAUACAGAAAGUGGAUAGAGAAAAGUUUUUCUCCUUCUCUCAUAAUAUUAGAACUUGGGGACAUCCAGUGAAGCUGAAUGUUGGAAAAUUCAGGACAAAUAAAAGAAAAUGCUUCUUCAUGCACCACAUAGUUAAACAAUGGAACUCCCUCCCACAAGAGGUAGGGAUAAUAACAACAACAACAACUCAUUAUUUAUACCUUGCCCAUCUGGCUGAGUUUCCCCAGCCACUCUGGGCGGCUCCCAAUCAAGUGUUAAAAACAAUACAGCAUUAAAUAUUAAAAACUUCCCUAAACAGGGAUGGCUUUAGAAGAGGAUUAGACAAAUUCAUGGGAGAUAAGGCUAUCAGUGGCUACUAGCCAUUAUGGCUAUGCUCUGUCUCCACACUUGGAGGCAGUAAUGCGUCUGAAUAUGAGUUUUCGGAAGCCAUGGAGAUACGGGUGGAGAGAGAGAGAGCUCUUGUGCUUGGAUCCAGCUUGUGGGUUUCUCACAGAGAUGUAGUUGGCCACUGUGAGAACAGGAUGCUGGACUAGACAGUCCAUUGGCCUGAUCCAGCCGUCUCUUCUUAUGCUCAUAUUGCAUGAGCCAGGAUUCUAACAUUAUAGAGCUGGGCUCCUGUGUCCCCAUUGAUUCCCUCUUAACUGUGGCUUGAUUAGCACAUUUUCAUUACGGGCAGCAGCAGCAGCAGUAGUAGGCAACAAUCAGUUUCAUGGCGUGAAAAAUUUAUGCACAUCAAGCUGUCAUUAAAGACAGAACGGCAAGCCAGGCUUUUUUCCUUGUCAGAUGACAACCCAUUUUACCCACCUGGAAUCAGUGACUGACAGCCCCAAGAUCAAAAUUUGCCAUGAGCAGUGGAGAACCCCCUGCCACAGAUUGCCAAAAGGAGAUGGCAUGUGUGGCGCAUAGCCCCUAUCUUAUCUUCUACACCACCUUUCCAGGGAAAGUUGUUGCUGACCAGAGCUUUUGUGCUAGAAGAGGCUUUGAGGUAGGAAAUCUGGAGUGCAAGUUGACAGAUGACUUGGAAAAGACAUUUAAAAAUUAGGCAUUUCUUAUAAGGGGCUUUACGUUCUUCUUUGCAUAAGACCUGCACGGCUCAACAUUUUCCUGGAAUCUUGUGCUCGGCACCAGAGGGCGAUAGAGUGCCACAACCUCUCUGUACCUUGUUGCCCCAAACAUGGUAGGGUUGUCUUUGAACACCAGAAAGGUCAGUGUGAUGAUAAGAAAAAAAUGCUUGAGUGCAUUAAUUAGUAAAAAUGCUUUUAAAAAAUGUUUCUUCUGAAGUCUUAGAGAUGAACCUCAGAAAGAUUGUGGGAAUAAUAUUUGCAUUUUAAAAAAUCACCAGUAAAGUUUCUGGGGUUGUGACUUGUUCUGGGAACUGUAGGGCCAAGAUAGGCAAAUCAGAUGAAGGCUGCCUGCAUAGCUCCAUUGCCUUAUACUGUCACAUUAUUGGCCCAUCUACCUCAGUACUGCCUACAUAAAGUGUGGGGAAACAUUGGCCCUGCAGAGGCUGCUGAACUACAACUCCCAUCAUCCCACUGGGCGCACUUGCUGGGGCUGGUGGGAGUUGUAGUUCAGCAACAUCUACAGGGCCAAAGGUUCUCCACAUUGCUCUCCACUGACUGGCAGUAGCUCUACAGGAUUUUAGGCAGGGGACAUUCCCAGCUCUUCCUGCAGAUGCCAGGGAUCAGACUUGGCUUCUUCUACAUACAAAACUCUUCCCCUGUAGAUGACAGCUUCUUCAGUGGACAAAUUGUCAACGCAGGAAGUUGUCACCCUAAAGGAGAGCUAUUUAGUUACAUGGGGGGGUUGUACAAUGGUAAUGGGUAACUUGCAAAUAAUAUGUCCAGUUUAGAAGCUCUUUGGGGAAACUGGAUGUAAUUACCCAUACUGGAGCUGAUCUAGGAGAUUGUGGAACACUCACACAAAGAAAUAAUUAGUACAAGGAAAUGAGUCUGGUGAAUGUGGUUGAUAUUUUAUUUUGGCUGUGAGUCAGUGUGUGUGUUUUUAGAAUGUAGCUUCAUGAGGAUACUUAGGACACAUCCAGAUGGAGAACUCUUCCAGGAGCAAACAGAUGCAGUCAGACCAGGAAUAAAAAUUGAAGUGUGAUGGCUUUGUUUGCAAAACCAGACUCAAGCAACUGAGGCUCUGAAAUGGCUUGAAGAAGGGGAAAUCACUCACCAUGCAAAAUACAUUUUAACAAUUAACUCGCAGAUGGAUUCUUCUCUCCCCGUCCCCUACCCUCCUUGUUUCUAAGUUAAACUUCUGGAAAUGUGAUAUUUUGUUGUAGAGGUUGCAUUGUUCUCUGACACUGAAAAUGGCUUAGGUGUGAAUUCAUGCGGUGUAAGUGGUCUCUCAGCUGUGUGGAAAGCGAGUAAGGUGUGUGUAGGUGUGAGUGGGUGUGAGUGGGUGUGAGUGUGAGGUUUCUGUUUCCUGAUUUGCCAAUUGCAAGCGGCUGAUUUUGCUCUGUGGCACCUGGAGAAAUUCUCUCUAGCUGCACUGUAAAUGAGAAGAAAGCCGAAAUCACAAGUGCAUUUAAUGUUCUUUAAUUACACACGGGAAUCUUCACCCACUUCACCAUGAAUCACAAGUCCUGCGACUUUUUUUCAGGCAAGAUUGUGGCCACAUUCGGACGGUACAUUUAAAGCACUAUGAUACCACUUUAAACAGUCAUGGUUUCUCCCAAAGCAUAUUGGGAACUGCAGUUUGUUAAGGGUGCUGAGAGUUGUUAGGAGACAACUUUCCCCCUCAUGGACCCACAAUUCCCAGAAUUCCCUGUGAAGAGGGAUUGGGUCAGACCCUCCAAGUGUCCGUAUUUUCCAGUGACAGUCCCAGAUUUACAGAAGCCGUCCGAGUUACUGAUUUGAUCAUGGAAUGUUCUGCUUUUCCUUAGAACAUCCUUAUUUUCAUCGGAGAAAUGUUGGAGGGUAUGGAGUUAUUCGACUCCAGUCAAGGAGAAAAGUAACUAUACAACCUUUAGAAGAUAUCUGAAGGCAGCCCUGUAUACGGAAGUUUUUUUAAUGAUUAAUGCUUUAUUAUGUCUUUAUUUACGUUGGAAGUUGCGCAGAGUGACUGGGGCAACCCAGUCAGAUGGGUAGAGUAUAAAUAAUAAAAUUAUCACCAUCACCACCACCAUCAUUAUCAUCUAGUACGUCCCUAUUUUCUUGAAGAAGAGACAAGCCCAUUUUUCAGUUUCACACAGUUCUCAACCUGUGGGUCCCCAGAUGUUGUUGGACUACAACUCGCAUCAUCCCUGAGCUCUGGCCUUGCUAGCUAGGGGUGAUGGGAGUUGUAGUUCAACAACAUCUGGGGACCCACAGGUUGAGAAAGGCUGCGUGACCAGGGUAUCUCAAGCCCAUCCCCUAGGCAUACCUCUUCUCGGGCGAAUAUAAUUUGGGGGGUAGUUUUAGUAAUAUUAUUUUAUCUAGACUAGAGAAAAGUCUGCCGUGUUCCCUCUGAAACACUUUUGUGUACCUCCUGGGGGGUAUGCGUGCCACACUUUUGGAAACAGUGCCCUAGGGGAACCCUUCAGACUCCUCAUGGGCGCAUGAGGGAAUUAUAUUCAUUCAUUCUAGUCUGUACCUAUUUAGAAGUGCUAACUGGCCUUGCAAAUGCUUCUAUGUAUAUGUAUUACAAGGUCUUCUCUCAGUGCUAUUUUCUUUCCAGAAAAAGAGGUGCCAGAACUCACCAGGAACACCUCCCUCAUUCUCUUAGAAUUGCAAUGGUGCCCCCCUGAAAGGUGCUGGAACUGAGUUCCAAUGAGCUUCCCUCUCCUAAGGGGAAAAAACUCCUUUUUGAAUCUGAAAUUUAUUUAUUUAUUUGAUGGUGACCCUCUAGAAGAGAUAACAGGCCCUCCAGCUGUUGCCUGUGGAAACGUUUCCCUGGCCCUUCAAACCUUGAGGGGACAGUGUCAGCUCUCUAAAGAGAAGUGUUUUUGAUAUUCUGGCACUUUGAAGCGAACAAGGUUUUCCCAUCACACUUAUACAGGGAAGAGACGUUAAAUAUUAUUAUUGCUAUUGCUAUUACAGUAUUAUUACUAGUUACAGGUAGGUAGCCAUGUUGGUCUGCCGUAGUACUUUUUAUAGUACUUGAACUGAAACAAACCCCCCCACACACACCAAAAACGUCUGCCGCCACAUUUUGGCUACCUUUUUAGUUGAUUGAAAAGUUCUCUUUAUAAAAAAAAAGUGAAAAAAGUAGCUGCAAAAGAAUAGAAUGUGUUUUCUAUAUAUGUAAGCAUGAAAUAUAAAUACAAUAUUACAAUGUAUUCAUGUACAAAAAGCCAAUUAUGGUUCAAAGAGCUUUGCAUAUAUGUAUUAGGUGACCUUGAUUUCUAUCACAUUUUAAGCAAAAUGUCAAGUUUGAUGAGUGAAAAUAAUCCAUAAGGCCGGUCGUUGUAUUGGAAUUGUCUUGACCAAAUGCAGUUUUAAGCGAUUAAUCUAACCAGCCAAUCAGUUAAAUGUCACCACCCUCUUAUUUAUUCUGCUCUCUUUCUCUCUCUCCCUCAUGGCUUCUUUAGGAAUGAACGCACUGAAUAUUGAUGUGUCCAGCUGUUCUUGGAGGCUGGGAGGGAAAAAAGCCUGAUUAAGAACAAAGAAACGAAAGAAAAGGUAAACAAACACACACGAGAGACAGUGUUGUGCAAUGGUUAGAGCUUGGGGCUAGCAGGCAUUGCAUUCUCCACGCAGCUGACCUGCCUUGCAGGACUGUUGUGUGGAAAGAACCGGCCCCAUCGCCCUUUUGAGAAAGCGGUAGCAUUAAAACGCAAAUAAACCUUUGAAAAAUAGCUCGUAAAACCAUUUAAAACGCUAUAAAUCUUUUAAAGGGCGAGACCUUUUAACCCGUCUUGCAGGGGCUGGUGUAAAAGACUGGGGGAGGGGGGCGGCAAAGCCACGUCCGCUGCCCUUUUGAAGAAAAAGGUAGCAUAGAAGAAUGCAAUACACUUUUAAAAGAAAAAGUGUGCGGAGGAGCAGAGGGAAAUCCUAGUGCUGCCAUUUCUGCCAAGCCGCCCAGAGGGGGCCCAAAUCCAGUUGCAAUUCGGAGGGAGAGGGAAAAGAGGGCAAGGCGGAGCGCGGGCCGCUUUAAGCGCUCCUUUGCCGAGCUGAACCAACUUCCCGCAGGCGGAAGGAUAUACAGGCAGAGGCCGCACUGCAACCUAGCUUGCAUGUUUGCAAGGAGGAGGAGGAGGUGUGUGUGUGUAUUGAGAUGUGCGUGUGUAUGUAUGCAUAUAUAUAAAAUUUUGGGGCCUGGUUGGCCCCGCCCUUUCUUUCUCUGGGCCCUAUGAUUGGACCGCGGUCGCCAUCUGCUUUCCUUCCUCUUAGCCCCCUCCUCCUUUUCCAAUACUUGGGUUGCACACACACACAUACACUCACACAAAAUCUCUCUCUGGCAACGUUGUAGCCUCUCCCCCCCCCCCCCCGGGUUGUGCAAUGUAGUUGCCUUGUUAUUAAUUUAUUAUUAUUAUUUUUAAAAAAGAAUUGUCGCUAGGAAGGAAGGGAAGGAAGAGAAGCGCGAGAAGAGGAGAGAGAGGCAGAGCGAAGAAAGAAAGAGGAAGAGGAGGAGGAAAAAUAAAAAAAAAAUCAAACAAGGACGCAGGAUUGCAAAGAAUCGGCGGCGGCUCCCAGGAGGACGAACUUUAAAGCUGAGGGGGACUGAGAUUGGCAUCGGGGCUGUAUGCUGAGAAUGUGCUUGUCCUCCUUUUAGGGGGAGGGAGGUUGCCUGGUUUUUCUCCCCCCCCCCCGCACUCCCCGCCGCCUUUUUGUUGUUGUUGUUCGAGAGAGGCCCUUGAGCCAGCCAGCCUGUUCUUGGGAGAUCAGCUGUCUUUGGAGGCGCUCCGAGGAGCCAAAGGCAGAGAGAGGAGAAGGUAAGUGAAACUUACACGCGUUGUGUCAGUUUUCUUGGGGAUGGUGUUGUUCUUGUGUUCUCCAACCCCACCCCCCGCCUCUUUCCGGGGUGCAAAGCAGGAUCUUUCUUGAAUUGGGUGGGGGAGACUAGACCCCCCCCUUCCCGGGGCCUGGGGUUGUUUGGAGAGGAAGACGGCAGGAGGCUCAACAGAAAAAUAAGACAAGGACUCUUCCAAGCUCAUUUCCUCAUGACAUUUCUGUUUCCACCCCACCCCCCACCCCGCAAGCAAACAAACCAGCAAAAUGGUACAGUACUGUAAAGCGAGGAAGCAGGGAGAUGUACCAAGGAGAGGCAGGGCAGAAGUGGCUGCUUUCUUAAGUGGGGGGAGAUAUGUGUGUGAGUGUUUUUAGGGGUCACCGGUGGGGAGAGGAAGAUGAGGGAGAAAUGGGCAGCUUCCCGUGGAAAAAGCUAGAGAAUUGAUCCGUGUGUGUUUGGGUGGGAGUGGUGGGGUGUAAAAAGAGAGGCAGAGAAGGGAGCAAGCACUUGAGAUGGAUGUGGAGAGUUGGGGUGUGAAAUCUAGGGUUGCUGGAAAAUAGGAAUAAAAUGAAGUGAAAGGGAGAGCUGUUGAUGAAAGUGCAGGUAAUGGGGUGCAUUGGAAAGUAGGGUGCAUAGUGUUUGGGUGCCUCUUCAGAGGUGGGAGGGAGAGAUACAGGGAACUUUGAAAUAGAAGAUAGAUAGGGAAAUUGUCCCAGUAUAAUGUAUUUUGGGCUUAUCCUGAAAUGCAGGUUUCAUUAUGGUGUGUGUAGUCAAAGGAUUGGGGUGAAAAGUGCAUUGGAAGAAUAAUUCUAAGUGUGCGUUGUUUUUUUAAGAGAAUGAUGAGAACUGAGGGAGAAAUAUUCGGGUGCCUAGAUUCUGAUGUUAUGAGACGGCAUUUGUAGAGAGGAGGGGAAGAAUACACCCCCCUCCCCACUGACUUGGGAAGAGUGAAUGGUUAGAAAGGAAAGAGGAAGGAUAAUAAGGAAAUUAUGCAGUCUGGCUGAAGAAUAUAAGGGAAAGAAUCAUGCGAAACUGGAGGAAUGGUUUCUUGAGAUGUGGAAGGAACUGGUGGAAAGCAAUUCUGCAGGAAGUGAAAGGGUUUGUGGGGGGGAAAGGGUUAAAGGGGAGCAUCUUGGAGCAAAAAAGCCAACUAUUAUUUUAUGUAACUGGUGCUCUUUAAAAUGUGGUAGCCUCUCUAGAUCUUGACGUCCUGUCAAGUCAACAGUGUUCACAUUUGACAAAUGGAGGACUGAGGCCCAGAGAGACCAGCAGUGCAGGCGUAUGUGCCUACCCAGAAAUAAACCCCAUUGAGUUCGAUGGCACUUACUACUCAGAAUUAAGCACAUAAAGUAUUUCAGCCUAAGUUUGCUUAAAAGCCACUAAUGGAGAUGAGAGUCCACCACCUUCCAAGGAAGGCUGUUCCUAAGUCAGUAUGCUUGAUGUUUAGUAAAAAACCCCAAACCCUGUCUUGUCAUUUGAAUCCAUUGGUUCUAGAGCAACAGCAAAUAAAUCUGCUCCAUCAUCUGUGGGACAGCCCUUCUCAGGACCUUUUAUGUUGGUCCUCAGUUGCUGUCCCAAAUUGAAAACUGUGUCUCUAUGUGCGGAUAUUCAUUGGCAGCUCACUGUCCUUAUCAACAUAAGCACAAAUCAACAGAGCAGCCACACAGGAUUUGUGGGUUGUCCUGUGCGUUGUGUGUAGGACUGUGAGGAAUUGCUUUAUGCCCCUACGAGAUGUCCUUCGCAAGCCUAUCACCCUCCAGAAGUUUUGGGCUACAACUCUCAGUUGUGCUGCCUGGGCUGAUGGGAGUUGUAGUCUAAAACAUCUGGAAGGGGGCAGGUUUGUGAAGGCUGGCUUGGAGGCUUAAGAUUCACAGAGGCACUUUAUUUUAAAGCAUCACAAAGUCUCUAGGAUGUUUGCUGUUGCUGGUUCAAGAGUAUGAGCCAAGAAGUCUCGGGUUCAGAUACUACCUUUGCCAUGACCUCCCCAGAUACCCUUUGCCAAGUCCUCAGCACACACACCUUGCCCCCAUAUGUCUUGAUCAAAGCAAAUAAUUAUUGCUGCUAGCCAUGGUGAGCCAAAUAGAGCCUCCAAAAUUGGAGACAGGGUACCUGUGACCGCUAGAUUCUGAAGAAAGGGCUUUUGCCUCUGUGCUCUAUAUAUGGCCUUCCUGGGAGUAUUUGUUGGACCCACCUUGACUUGACCCAGCAAGGCAAUUCUUGAGUUCAUAAUACUGGCCUUCUUGCCAGCCUCGUUGCAAGAAUUACCAUCACAGGGCAUGUAAAGAGUUUUGAGUGCUUAAGAGAGAGAGAUUUAUGGCAGUAAUAUUAGAUUUGCUACGCUACCCCAAACCUCCAAACAGACAUUUAUAUGACAAACUAUUUAUGACCUCAUUGGCCUCAGAUGUAAUUCGGAGCUCGAAUUAGGCCAAGUGCCAUCUUCCAGUGGGACUGAUUCUCUUGGAACACAGCUGUGCAAGCCUUUGUAUUACACAGAAUUCUCUGCUGGAAAAGAACGAAGAGCUGUGCAUAACCUGAAGCCUUCCAGAUUCUCACACCAGUGUGUGUUGUUUUUAAAAUAUUUCCCAAUACUCUUUUAUAUGUGUGUCAAUGUUAAUAGCAGUUUUGUUUUGUUUGGAUAUGCUAUGUGGAUGGGGCCUGGUAGUUAUAUUUAGCAAACUGUCCCUUCCCCAAAUCCAGAAUUGUGAAUAGGCAAGGAUUAUGGGAGUUGUAGUCCAGCAACAUCAGGUUCCCCCAUUGCUGACCUACUUUGCUCUGUUCUGAUGGGUGAUGAUUCUGCUGCUGCUGUCAUUUAGUGCAACCAUUGCAAGCUGAUGUCCUCCUCGCAGAUGUUUUGGACUACAACUUCCAUCAGCUGGCUGGGGCUGAUGGGAGAUGUAGUUCAAAACAUCUGAGUGGAGGACACCAGCUUGCAAAGGCUGCACUGGUGAAAUAUUAGUGUGCGUAUGUGUGUAAGCAAUACUUACACUGGUGCCUGUGUUUGGAGAGGGCAGUGUGUCUGGCUUUUACAGCUGGAGGAGUGAAGCACAUUGGACUACCAAAGGCAGAUGCUCUUGAUAAGCAGAAAUUGUGGGCUUUGUUGACUUCCUACUUUGUGGAGGCUGCCAGCUCUGGUUGUUUGGAUCUGGUUAAAAUCCUAGAAAAAGCUGGUUGUUUGGACUUCUUCGGCCAUUUCCCAGACAGGCUCCAUGGGGGAAGAAGAGGAGAGAUGAUGGUGGCUCUCAGAGGAUUGUCGGAAGAGGGCGGCGGGGCAUCCGCAGCAGCUGUGUUAAGUGUCAAAUUGUUCUUGACAUGUUUUUGGGUGUUUGCGUCUCUCUGGGCACCCUUUUGGGAAGGGAAGGCUGUUACUCCUGGGCUGAUCCACUGGGUACUAGUACCUUUUCAGACAGCAGGGAAGACGGGUAUUUUGAAUUUUGCCAGGAGUGAAAGCAGAAUCCUUGUGAUGUGCCGGGUGAUGGUGGGGACUGGAUUUUUUUAUAAAAAGGAUGAGCAAUUGUCUAGAUGGCUUGCCAGCCAAGGAGUGGAAACAAGUCACUUCUCCCAACCUGGCUUAUAGCCAAUCCAUAUUCAUCUGCACACCAAACAUCCUCCGUUUUCCUUGUGGCAGUGGUAUCUUCCCCACCCCCUCUUUCUGUUUGCCAUCUUAGUUGUGCUCUUGCACAAACAUCACACACACUUCAGCACUACCUUUGAUGUACUUUGUUGUUCUUGUUUUCAUAGCUGUUUCCCUUGUGGUACAAGUGUGUUUGUCACUCGGUUGGACCCUUUCCCCCUUAUAUUACUUGUCUGCUUGUGACUGACUCUUGUGUGCGUUUACGCACAUUUUUCUCACCUGGCCGAAGUCAGCCUCUGACAUCCAGUGUUUGCAUGGUGCUUAUUCUUUCUCUCUCUCUCUGUCUUUGCGACAGAGGUCCAUCUCUGUCUGCCCCUGCCUUCCAAAAUGAGGCACGUAAUGUCUACAGCAAGGGCCUUUUUGGUGAUGGUGCCCUGUUUAUGAAACACCCUUCCUCACACCCACCACCCACACUUUGGAACUCCCUGCCUUUUGAUAUCAGGCAAGCACCUUCACUCUACUCUUUUCAGGGCCUGCUAAAAACAAUGUUGUUUAGACAAGCCUUCCCAGAUAUAAAGAAUGUGGAUGUGUGCUUUAAUCUGUUUUUAGCUUAUCAUCCGGUUUAAUUAUUUUUGAAUGUUUUAAAUAGCUGUUUUUACUAAUAAUUUCAUUGUUUUAUUCUUUUGUAAACUGCUUUGAGGUGUCUUGAUUUUUUGUUUUUUGUUUCAAGCAGUAUAUAGAUUUUAUGAUGUGAAUAAAAUAAAUAAAAUAAAUAGAUGCCAGUUCAGGGCCUGUGUCUUCAGUGCUUGAUCUGUUUGUUUGACGUUUGAAUGGCUAAUUGGGUUUUUUUUUAAAUUCCUUGCAUAUCCCCAUUUCAAGACUUUGAGGUGUAUGAUUUGCAUGUAUGAUUUAUCGCCAACCCUGUUGCAGAAGAUUAUAAAUGGGCAGAACAGGAUCCGUAGCUAUCUGUGUCUUAUAAACCGUUGCUGGUGCUGCCUGUUUGAACAGUUGAGGGGAUGGCAGAAUGGAGAGCCUGGGGUUUGAAGCCGUCAGCCUGUUUCCCCAGGAUGUUAACUGGCUCACCUGCCCUUUAAUCUAGGCCUGGCUGAGUUCAGCUCCAGAUGGAUAAUCUGUGGUAAUGAAGCUGGCUGCUUUUCACCGGUUUGUGCGCACUCUUACUGCCUCCUGUUGUUUUUGCUGGUUUCUAUGGUUAUUGUUAUAAUUUGUCACUUUUAUGAAUGUUGUUGUUGAGCCGUUUUGCAGGCUGGGAUGUGGCCCAGUGGCAUAAACCAGCAUUGCACACGUUCACCCCACCCUCACUCAAGUUAAUAUAGGCUCACUUCUGUAAGCAGAGGUGCACGGUUUUGGUUGCUGUUAAGAGUCCCUCUCUCCAUAUCCAAACUCUAUGCAGGUGUGAGAAAGGGGAGCUCCACAACCCUCAGCCCAGUAUCACACUCCAUUACUGCUUUGAUGUGCCCUCCGCAGGGAUGUUGGCCUCUGUUAUUAUGUAAAAUUCAUACGCCAAGUUUGCAUGGUUAGAUAUAAAAAUAUCCUAUUGGGAUACUUGUAUCAUCAUCAUCAUCAUCAUCAUUAUGAAAGGUAAAGGUAAAGGGACCCCUGACCAUUAGGUCCAGUCGUGACUGACUCUGGGAUUGCGGCAGUCAUCUCGCUUUAUUGGCUGAGGGAGCCGGCGUAUAGCUUCCGGGUCAUGUAGCCAGCAUGACAAAGCCGCUUCUGGAGAACCAGAGCAGUGCACGUAAACACCGUUUACCUUCCCACCGGAGCGGUACCUAUUUAUCUACUUGCACUUUGACGCGCUUUCGAACUGCUAGGUUGGCAGGAGCAGGGACUGAGCAACGGGAGCUCACCCCGUCACGGGGAUUCAAACCGCCGACCUUCUGAUCGGCAAGUCCUAGGUUCUGUGGUAUAACCCACAGCGCCAUCUGCGUCCCUAUCAUCAUUAUUACUAUUGCAUUUAUACCUUGUCUUUCCUUCAAGGAGCUCAAGAUGGCAACAUGGUUCUUCCUCUCCUCAUUGUAUCCUCACAACAACCUUGUGAGGUGGGUCAGGGUGAAAAGUAGUGACUGAGCUCAAUGUCACCCUGUGAGCUUCAUGGCUGAGUGGGGAUUUGAACCCUGGUUCCCUAGGUCCUUGCCUAGCAUUUGAACCACUAUACCACACUUUCUCUCAGAUUUCAGGUUUCUUCAUGGCCUAGAAACAUCUUAAGUCAGCCUUCCCCAAAUGUGGUGCCAGCUGGGGCUGAUGGGAAUUGUAGUUCAAAAUGAUUGCUGACUGGGGCUGAGGCUUGAGGGGAACUGUAGUCCAAAACAUCUGGAGGUCAGGGCACCAGGUUGGGAAAGGCUGUAUUAAGGUGGCGUGUUUUUAGAUGUCUUGACGGACAGUGUUGCUUGUACAAGGUUUGUUGGAUUCCUCUUAGGACUAGUCCAUCUGGCCUCUGUUCCUGAUAGAGAUGGACUUUACUAAGAGAGCACACUUUUAUUUAUAUACUAAGAUAAUCUAUAUCCUGUCUUUCACAACAUGCUGUUGGGGCAGGUUACAUUGCAUCACAAAUACUACUCAGCAAUGCAAACACUUUACACCUAUGAAAAUAUUGUUGUUCAGUUCCUUUAUUUGGUGGCACAAUAAAUAAAUCCUUCCUGCCGGUCAGAGGCAGAAUGAAAAAGCAACAUUUUUACCUGGUGUUGGAACCUGCCCGUCAUGGGUACCUGUCUAAUAUGAAAGCGGAGAGUCCUCUGGGUAUGGGGUGCCACUGUUGUUCUGUUUUUUUCUGGACAAUCCGAUCUUUGCUAAUGGUACAGCUACCAAUAGAGCCUCGCUAGCUGGUUUGCACUUAGAGGCAGGACAGUGUUUGGAGAGGGUCCCAAGUCGUUCAGGGCUUCAUAUGCCAGAAUCAACACCUUGAAUUGCUCAUCUGUGUGGGCUGCCAAACUCAUAGCCAUUUUCAAGGGUCACCCGCAAAACACCCAGAUUUGGUUUCAACACAUGACCUUAGGGAAAAUGGGGUUCCUGAGUGUUUGAGUCUUUUGUUUGGCUGCCCAAUGUGUCUCUAGCAGGUGACUCUGUUUUUCUGCCUUCAUUCUCAAGUUUUAUUUUCUCUCGCUCUCCCUCCCUCCCUCUCUCUCUUUUCUUCCUUCCUUCCACCAGCUGGUUCAACUGCCUGCCUGUGGCCAUGUCUCUAACGCUGUGCGGUGGGGCUUAUUGCUCUUUCCCCUUCCUGUUUCCUUCCUCCCCCCACUUUAUCGUCAGCAUCAAAGAACCUGUUGUAAAAAAAAAUAUUAAGAUGAUAGUUGACGGUCUUUGGGUUCUGAACCACUGUCUGGAGCUGAUAAUGAUAACUGACCUGAGACUGAAUCCAGACAAGACGGAAGAGGGUCUUGGUUCCAUAGGAACGGUCAAUCUAGUACAGUCAUACCUCGGGUUGAAUACGCUUCGAGUUGAGUACGUUCGAGUUGCGCUCCGAGCCCGUUACUUCCGGGUUUCGCCACUUGCGCAUGCGCAGAUGCUCAAAGUGAUAUCACACACAUGCGCAGAAGCGGCGAAAAGCGGCGCGCAGACAUGCCGUCGCUAGUUACGUUUACCUCUAGAUGCGAACGGGGCUCCAGAACGGAUCCCGUUCGUAUCUAGAGGUACCACUGUAAUAGGAGUUGGGUCCAUGGGCACAUUUGCAAAUGGGAGAAAUUGUGGUGGGCAUCUCUCUCUCUCUCUGACACACACACAAACACGAGUUGCCUGCUCAGACCCUGAGAUUUCAGGGCCCAAACCUGAGAUCUAGGGGUGAUGUUAUUAAGCGUGACACAUUAAGCAUUAACCACAGUCACUGAGGGCUUGUCAUUAGAAUAAAAAAGUAUUACAAGUGAGCAAAUAUGUUGCUGGUUGGAAUUUAAGAUCCUUCUCACCUACUUAGGGAGCCUAGGUAGGGAAUAUUUAAUCUAAAAGGAGAGAGUGAAGGAGGACAGAGGACUUCAGAGAGGCUAUGCAGUAAUUUGUAGCUGGCUCCUGCCAGGCUAAAGCUUGUAAGCUGCAUACACAGUCUUCUUAACUGGCACCACCACCAUCAUAAGUAAUCCUCAUAAUAAAAUUUAAGGCAGUCUUCCCCACCUGGAGAUUCAAGCUCUCCUCCUGCCACCUGGAGGGGGCUUGGAAAACCUGGAGAAUUCAGACAAGCCUUAUACACACAUACACACGCUGCAAUCAGACAGACAUCUCAACCUCUUACAUUGGCUACAACAGGAUGCUUCUUUCAAGCCUAAUCGCAGUGUAUCUGAUACACUUGGUAUCUGAAGAAGUGUGCAUGCACACAAAAGCUCAUACCAAUAACAAACUUAGUUGGUCUCUAAGGUGCUACUGGAAGGAUUUUAUUUUUUUUAUCCUGUGAGGUAGGUUAUGUUGGGGGAGAGUGGCUCAAUUCCGACAUGGGGUCGUGCUAUGGUUAACAUUAUUUGUUCUUCCUUCCCCUCCUCUACCAUGCCAGCUCGUUGCACCCCAGAGGUUUUGGGCGACAACUCCCGCUGGUUUGUGUUUUGAAAUGAUUUCAUAUUUGAUUGUUACUGUAAUGAUGUGUCGAUGUGGCCUUUUUUGUUCUGUUUUGUGUGAGCUGCUUUGAGCGCAUUUAUAUGGAAAAGCAGCAACCAGCUUUUGAAAAAGAAUGGUGGUAACUUCCAUCAGCUCUGUGCUCGUGAGGCGUGAUGGGAGUUGUAUUCCAAAACGUCUAGAGAGGGCACCAGGUUGGCAAAGGGCUGUUCUGUUCAGCUAUUGGCCAAUGACACUGUUGAGAAAUCUGUGGUGGGGGAGAAAAUCUGCAAAUAAUCUGGGGGAAAUUGGCCACGGCAAUAGCAAAUUUGGGAUGUGUUUUGAUAAAACAUCGGGAGGAUUUGAAAACCACCAUAGUGUUCCCUUUUUGUCUUCUUUUGCAAUAUUUUUUUUUUAAAAAAAAUUGGGAUUACUAAUUUUUGUGUGUUGUCAACAGUUUAAGUAUGCGUGAGGAUCUGUUUUGAUUUACAUUGCGAAAUAGGAUUCAAAGGUUUUUUAAAAGAUUGCAAAACCACAGUGAUGAAGCCCAUCGGCUGGAAUAUCAAGCAGUUGAUACCAAUUUUUUGGAGGGGGAAGUUAAGUUAAUUUGCCCUCCUCCUCCUCCUCCUCCUCCUCCUUGACAGUGAGUUGAAGAGUGGGACAAAUUGAGUGAAGGCUUGGGCCUACCACUGUUCAGGGUUGCUGGGUCUUGGGGACACCCCAAACCCUCUUACAGAGUAGGACUUCCACCUGCUCAAACUAUUUUGCAAUGGUUGUGACGUGGAUUUUAGAUACCUCAUCCCUGAUCAAUGCCUGUCCUUAUCUUCUCUCUAUAUAUACUGCUUUUCAACACUGUUCCCACAGCCAAUUAAAACCAGUAUCAGCAAUUAAAAUCUAUUUAAAAUAUUAAUAUAAAAAGACUGUGGAAUACAUAAAAUCAAGUUUGUUUUUUCUGAUGAAGUGGGUCUUGGAAUCUAAAUAAAUGAAACAACCUAUUGAUUCAAUUAUCAAUAAGUGAAUGAAAUACUUGGUUAGUGUGUAUUGCUAGAUUUUCCCUUCUUUGUAACAGAAGAACACCCCUGCUGGAUCAGGCCUCCUAGUCCAGUUUCCUGUUUCUAUGCCCAAAUCUCCAGGAAGUCAGCAGACGGGUGCCACAGGUGUCCUGUUAAAGUUCUCAUUAUUUUAAUCUGUAUUCGAUCUUUCUACACGAGUGUGUCCAUGGUUGCUCACAAGACGAGGAAAUCAAGAACAAGAACAGCAAUGCAUAUCAAAGCGUCAUCACAACAGUCUAUUGUUUAACCAAUCAAUUUCAAAACAGAAUACAGCAAUCCAAAUAAAAGCACACCUCAUUUCAGUCAUAAUUGCAGCUUUGUAACAUUUUAAAUUCAUUACAAAUAGACAAUGUCAAUCAUUAAAGCACCACAUCAGUUCCUGUUCUUUAUCUGUUGUUAAAAUGUGUAAGCCCUCUAGAGUCAAGUAUGAUAAAAUGGUUCCAAGUUUGAUAUUAAUAAGACAGCCUUUGCUAACCUGGUUCCCUCCAGAUGUUUUGGGCUCCAAUACCCAUCAGCCCCAGCCAGCACAAGUUGUAGUCCAAAACAUCUAAAGGAAACAAUCUUAACCUGGAAGUUGAGAAUGGCUACAAUAAAAUUAUGCCUAUCAUGGAGAAAGUGGAGAGAGAAAGUGGAGAGACAGUGGAGACUGUCCAAUGAAAUUGAAUGUUGGGAGAUUCAGGACAGAUAAAAGUUCUUCAUGCAGUGCAUAGUUAAACCAUGGAACUCUCUCCCACUGGAGGCAGUGAUGACCACCAACUUGAAUGGCUUUAAAGGAGAACUGAAGAAAUUCAUGACAGAGUAGGCUAUCAGUGGCUGCUAGCCGCAAUGACUAUGCUUUGCCUCCACAGUCAGAGGCAUCAAUGCUUCUGAAUGCCAGAUGCUGGGGAUCACAGGUGGGGAGAACACUGUUGCUAACAUGUCCCGCUUGCAAAUUGCCCGCAGGUAUCUGGUUGGCCACUGAUAGCAUGCCAAUCUAGAAGAUGCACCACAGACCUGAUCAAGCAGUCUCUUCAUCAAGGUUCUGCUUAGCUAGCAUGGUCAGUAGCCAUCGGCAGGCCUAUAUAAUAUUGUGCAGGCAACUCCCCAUUUAUGCAGGGUUAUAUUCCAAGGCACCAUGCAUUGCAUGUAUUUUGGAACACCAUUGAAAAAGCCUGUAAACACCCUCCAAAUCUCCUUGCUCAAACUCCAACUCUCCACAGGCCUCAAAGGUCGGUGCAAAGGCUCCUGGGAUUGCAUUUGCAAAGGCUUGUGUGGGAUUGCUAGACACUGUUUAUGUGGUAUUUUUGCCGUUUUUACACUCUUUUAGGGUCAUUUUUGCCCCUUUUCGUGCUACUUCCAGGUUCAUAGCGAUGUGUGUGCGCACGUGUCUUGAGCGUGUGUAAAUGGGGAGUUGCCUGUACUAUCCUUGUGGAUUUGAAGCCCCAAUGGAGAUUGGCUGAGCUGUUGUGGUGGCACAGAAUGUUUGGGUCUUGUUUUGGAAACUGUGAGGGAAGGGACAGUUGUCUGCUUGACUGGGAUUGAAAUGGCACGUGAGGGUAAGAGGAGGAUUGGUAAGUAGGGUAGGUAGAUGACAGGGGGCCUAAAGGAAGAAUACAGAGCAUAUUUCAAAAAGUAAAACCAGGACACACCAAAAUUAGUUGAGGUUUUUGUUACGCAUUUUUUCGAUUGACUGGCCUAAGAUCCAGGACAAAGCUCUGCCUUUUGGAAAUCCCUGCCCCCUGGACGUCAAUUCCGCCUUUGAAAUCCCAUUAAUGUCUGGGAAAAUCUGGACAUAUGGCAGCCCUAUUUGUGGCUCCCAACUAUGGAACUCUCUACCACCAGAGGCAAGUCUGCCGCCUUCACUGAGGUGUUUCUGCCAUCUAUUAAAAACAACAACAACUUACUCUGUUUGGCUGUUGGGGACUGAUGAGAUGGUCUCCUUUCUGUUCACUAUGAAUGAUGUAUUUGGAGCUGAUUUUUGAGUGUGAUGAUUGUAUGGUUUUAUUGUUGAUUUUUUACUAUAUAUUUUACUAUAUUUCCUUUGCACCAUCUUGGGAUGCUCAGAUGAGGGGUGGUCUAAAAAAUUUAACAAGUAAUAAUAAAGUAAUAAUAUUUAAUUGAAAGGACAGAUACUGUCUUUGCUUUUCAACCAGUUCAAAGCAAUGAGGUCCAGCAAGACUUAAUUUUUCUCUUGGCUGAGACAUCUCUAGGAUGUAGGGCCUUAACUAAACAUGUUGACAAGUUGAACUGCUCCAAUUAAUGGUUAGUCAUUUACUCAGCACUUGUAGCGUUUGGUUUACAAGCCUGAUGCCAUUCGUCUUUCCAGCCCUUGCAAGGUAGGCCGUAAUAAUGUUCCCAUUUUGUGGAUGAGAUACUGAAACAAACUAGUCAGGGGGAGUGUGAGCUGGAAUCUGAACCCUGAUGCAGGUCCACUCAAGGUGUAUUUGGUGGGGUUUACUCCCAAGUAAGAGUAAAAGGGAUUGCAGUAAUAAUAAUGUCUUUUCAAGUUCAACUCCUUCUCUCUGAAGUGUUUAUGUUGAGGAUGCUGCUGAAGAAGCUAUAAAAGGAGGACCAGUCAGACCUUUUAUUAUUGGCAUAGAUGAUAUAAUUAUUUUGGGAUGAGGUUAAUAGAAGGGGUUUGGGGUCAAAGCAAAUGCCUUAAUGCUUAAGCCAGUGUUGUAAGAACACCAGUGGUUAUGAGUGACCUUUCAGGCAGUCAAUAGCAACUGCUUGGCUUUUUAAAAGAAAUUGAUUAUAAAUUGCCUCCUAAAUGAUUGAUUUUAAGCUGUAAGCUGUAAAAUACUCUCCAAGCAAAGAAAAUAAAUUUGUACCGUACAAAAUCUUAAGGUGAGAGUUUUUUAAAGGGAGAACUUUGAAUCCCAAUCAAAUCAUAUUCUUAUUUUUAUUAUUAGACAGCCUUUGCUAACCUGGUACCCUGCCAGAUGUUAUAGGACUCCAACUCCCAUCAGUUCGCAGCCAGCACAGCCAUUUUGGACUCCCAACUGUGGCUGAUGGGAGUUGUAGUCCAAAUCAUCUGCAGAGCACCAGUCUGGUUGAAUGCACAACAGAAGCACCCAUUUGGGUCAGAUCAGGCUGGGUCCAUCUGGUCCAGUCUUCUGUUUCCAGCUGUGGCCAGGCAGGUGCCUCUGGAAAAGCUCUCGAGUGGAAGUAAGGCUGAGUAGGGAUUUGAACCUAGGUCUUCCCCUGGUUCCCCCAGCGAGCCCUGGUUGAAGGCUGGUUCCAGGGCUGCCCCCGCCCCCCAUGAGGCAAGGUGAGACAGCCACCUCAGGUGGCAGGAUCCACUUUGCACAAAAUCUGGGAGGGUGCAGGAAGUUUAGUGGUGAAAGUGAGCAGAUGUGUUCUGGGGGAACAUCUGCCUUGUUUGGACUUUCAGCAGCUCUGCUGGUUCUUUGAAAACAGAGGAAAGGGACAGAAUCCGAGGAGUAACUUGAUUUGGAUUAAGAAAAUAAGUCUGUCUGGGGCCCUACCAGAGGUGGCCAGUGGCCACGAAUGCUGGUGGGUGGCGCUGGACACAUACUUCAGCUUCCCAAGAAUCCUCAUUUCUGUUUUGUCUUUUAAAAAGUAAGUCUCUAGUCCUUAUGGUUGUGAAGAUAUGCUUGGAUUGUGCAGGGACAAUUUCCAUGGAAGAAUUCAGGGGCUGAGCACCAUCCCUGAAAUACCUGUGUUCUGCAGUCCUCUGCUCUGUCUGUGUGUAAUUGACAGCGAUAUUGUUUUAUUACUUUUGUUCCCUCUUGCUUUUUUGGUCAACUCUUGAAGCACCAUGCAGAUUAUUAAAUUCUCUGUGCCAGUUCGACUCAAGAUCUGGCCUCUAGCCGGGCAGUGAAACCCUGCCUCCUGAUUUCCUGGAAAAUGUCUGGGACCUGUUUUAUCCUUUUAAAUACCGGUUGUUCCUGACUUGCUGAGAUGCAAGGCAGAGGGAAAUGAGAUUUUCUUUUGCAAGGAAGAGGGAGAGUUCCAAGGGGUAGGAUGCAUCUCUUAUUUGCCAUUUUCCCCUCCCUUCCCCUCCUGCGAAAAAACAGGAAUAACCUGGCUAGAAGUGGUCACGUUAGAUCAGAGGCCUAGAAUGAGUUGCAAUUGCAGCCCAGGCUACUGUCAGAGAAACAGUUCCUUUGCGGGCUGAGUUUUGGCACAGCUUUCGCCUUUAAAAUUAUGACUUUGCUUAUGAUAUUGCUAAAUUUGGGGCUGGCACACACAAAAAGAUUCGCUGGCAUUUGAGACACACACUGAGAAUCUUGGUUUUCCCAAGGGUGGCGAUUUCUCUGGUUAUGUUUCUGAGGGCCAAAUUUCAUUGUUAAGUUUUCCCUGUAGUAGAGAGAGAGAGAAAAAAUAUUGGGUGGUGGGAGAAAUCUCUUAUGUCAAAGAUGAUGCUGAACAAGAAGCUUCCAAGGCUGUCUCAGGAGUUUUAGGAAAAUCUGAGGCCAGCAGGCCAGCUGUUUUAGGAUUAAUUAGAAGAGCCAGUGUGGUGUAGUGGUUGUAGAGUUUUGGGCUAGGUCCUGAGAGACCAGGGGUCAAAUCCCCACUUCAUAAUGAAGCUCACUGGAUGAUCUUGGGCCAGUCACUCUCAGGCUAACCAACCUCACAGGGUUGUUGUGAGAAUAAAAUGAAGAGGGGGAGAGUUAUGUACACCACCUUGAGGUCCUUGGAGGAAAAGGUGAGAUAGAAAUGCAAUAAGUAAAAGUAAUUUACAAACUUAGAUGUUUUUUGCUGGACUGUGUGGCCAGCAGUGAUAACUUUGCACUCAUACAUCUGAUCACAGUUGCUCUUAUGUGUGUGGAUUAUUGAACAGGCACUGAAAAAUCCCCCAGUAGUAAUGAUAGUUUUCAAAACAACAACAAAACAGUGCUGGGUGAGGCUUUGUAGUACCAAACAUCUGGAGGCAGCAGGUUGGAGAAGUCUGGUCCAGAGAGAUGUUCUUUCAACAGUGUUUUCCAGGUUGACCAUGGCCUCUUCCUCUAAUAAUAAGGCAUUUGUGACUUCCUAGAUCCAGCUAGAUGAUAUUCUUCCGCUGGAUGUUAAGAGCCAAGAGAGGCAAGGCUUUAGCACUGGUACCCUAAUGGCAACACUUCUAACAUUUUGUGCCUGUUGGAGAUCUUAGACUUCCACGUAUAUUAAAGUUGUCUUGUGUAGCUCUGCUGUAUCGUAGCUAUAAAAGUUGCCUCUCGCCAACCCGUUUACUGGAAAUUGUAAUGCUUUCAGUCUCUAAUUUACAUUAAGAGCGGAAUCCCCUGUAAAUUCCCAGGCUGUCUUGAAGGGAGCAAAAUCAAUAGGCCAGGAAGGUGCCAGCAAGUUCAGUGUCAUGUCAGGAAACUGCGACCUUUGUCUCCUUUGAAAACCAGCACCUGCCCUCCUACGCAGCCAAUCCCUGUCUCUUCUCCCCGCUGUCCCAAUUUUUUAUCAGUAUGCAGACAAACAUAUAUGAACCUCUGCAGCAAUCUGUUUCAAUUUCAUUUUGUGUACCCUGAUUUUAAAUGUCUCCCCUUCUUUCCUGUUUUGAAAAUGCAUAAACAGAGCCUCCUCCCCAUGAUGGUACAACCUUAUUCUGACACAUCUAGACAGCUGGGAAAAGCAAACUCACAAUUGGAUAGGAAGGACAUGGGAGGGGGGUGGGGAGCAGAAAUAUUUUUGGCUCUGUCAAGGCCUGACGCUGCUGAGUCACUGGAUCUAGGUGGGGACCCACCAGGGAGUAUUUAUUGGAGUGGGAGAGGGUGGAUGUUGCUUGCUAGGCCUCUUAGCUGAGAGACUAAGCAACGCAAAAGAAUCUUGCUUCUGCUGUGAACCUGCCAGGUGGCCCUAGAUGCAGCCAUUGCUCUCUGCCUUGGCCUGUCUGUCUUCUGUCCCUUUGAGGGAUCAUUCUAUCUUACAAAGCUGUUGUAAGGAUUAGGAGAAGUGUUUUAAAGGCUCUAGAGCAGCCUCUCUCAACCUGUGGGUCUCCAGAUGUUGUUGAACUACGACUCCCAUCACCCCUAGCUAGCAAGGCCAGAGCUCAGGGAUGAUGGGAGUUGUAGUUCAACAUCAUCUGGGGACCCACAGGUUGAGAACCACUGCCUAGAUCAUUAGGCCAACAGGGUGCCCUGGUUGGAGCUGGUGGGAGACUGGGAGUUGCAUCUAAAACAUCUGGAGGGCUCCAGGUUGGAGGUUGCUGUGCUAGGUGGUGAUCAGGUAGACAACGGUCACUAUUCCCCUGCCCCUCUCUGCAGUGUUAUUUAAUGUUUGUGUUUAUAUCCCACCUUUUUUCUCCAAAGAGCUCAAGGUGGCGUAUAUGGUUUAAUUCCCACAACAAACCAUUGAGUUUCAUAGCAGAGUAGGGAUUCAAACCCUGGCAUAGGAGCCAUCUCCUUGGGGCCAAGGUCCCUUCCCCUCCCCCAAUAAAAUAUUUGAGGUAGCUGGGCCCCUCCAAAGUUAAUGGGCAACGCCAUUCAAAUGGCGUGUGCACACUGCGUCAUGUGAUUGAUUUAUGUGGAGCGGAGCUAAUCUGCACCCCCUAAUAUGUUAUUCAAGUUGACACCCCGAACCCUGAUCUUCUGGGCCCUAGUUUGACGCUCUAACCACUAUGUGGCACUGGUUCCCAUUUAUACAAUGUCACCAGUGUACAAAGACAAAAUGCUCUCAAGUAGGUCACAGUACAGUAUUCUCAAAACCCAUAUGCAACCUUAUAUUAUCAAUGGGCUUCUUUCUAGUCUGUAGUGCAGUUUUAUAUUCUGCUUUUCUGCUGCUUAGUGUAAUUAUUAAAUGUAUUUGUUGUUUCAUGCCCGUGCCAUUUUUAAUGAUGCGCAGAGUUUGGUAUUUCUUAUUUUAGCUUAGUUUUAUUAGUUUAGUACUGUAAACCCCUCUGGAAUUUUUUAAACGAAGAGCGAGCAGUAAAUAAAAGGAGCAAUAAUGCUUGUGGUCAUGGUUUAUUUAUACAUUGCUUUUUGGCCCAAAGGCACCCCCAAAGCAGUGAGCAGAAUAUUAAUAUGAAAGAAAAAAUAUGAAAACAGUACAAUAAAGAGAGGCAGUGUGCCAUAGUGGUUAGAGUGGUUGGGCUAGGAACUGGGAGAUCAGGGUUCUAGUACUCACUCAUCCAUGAAGCUCACUGGGUCGCCCAGUCAUUGUCUCUCAGCCUAACCUACCUCACAGGGUUGUUGCAAUGAGAAAAUGGGGAGAAAGAGAACCAUGUUUGCCACCCUGAGCUCUUCGGAGGAAAGGCAGUAUAGGAAUGAAAUAAUAAUAAUAAUAAUAAUAAUAACAAUAAUAAUAAUAUCAACUACAGCAAUAAAAAUGGAGAUGUUGGAGAUGUUUUUUGGAGAUGUUGACAAAAAGAAAAGAAAGCUCAACCACUUUGUCCGGAUUUUCACUUUUGGGAUUAUGACAACCCUAUCUAAAAUAUCUGGAGGACAUGAGGUUGGUGGAGACUGAUGUAGGUGCUCAAAGACUGAACUGCAAGGGAGAAUGGGCUGAGGCAUUGAUGGGAACGGGAGACCUUUGGCUUCCUGUAUGAUCUUUGCUGAACAGGCUAGGCAGUUUUCUUUGCAAGGGGUUUUGUGUGCUUGUCUUCUUAAUUUUUUCCUGCCCUCUCACAGUUCAGGGGUGUGUUUGGGAUUUCACGAUAGCUCAGCUGUGCUUGAAUGGAACUGUACGUGCGUUGUAGGAGGGGGCUGUAUUGUGGAACUGUGUUGUAGUGUUUUCCAAAUUUCCAGUGUUCAUGCAGCACUUGGGUUUCUGAAUGGAUCUUGAAGGAAAAGCCUUUCUCAUGCUCGAAGAGCUUUUGGGGUUUGGCAUGAGGGCACCUAAUGAGUUGCAACAGGGAAUGUCUUCUUGGGGCAGAUAAUUUGGCUGCUAAGCCUCCUACUUCUCAUGUAGAAGGCACCAGGUUCAAACCCCAAUGUCAUUUCCAGGCAAGGCCUUGAAAAGGCCCCCUGCCUGAAACCCUGGAGAGCAGCUGCCAGUCAGUGUAGACAGUCUUGAGUUAAGGAACCACCAGUCUGACUUGGUAUAAAUUGGUUUUCUAUGUUCCUAAUUAAGAAUCCAAGAAGCUGGAGUCAAGAGGAAUGUCUGCACUUGGUGCUGGAAUGAUGACAAUGUCUCUGCUUGAUGUACCUGCAAGGGGAGAUUAUUUCACAAACAGGUUUCCAUUUAGUAAAUUAUGCCACUAACUUACUUCUCAUGAGCACGGUAGCAUAUCUCCUUGGGGCAGGCAAUUUAGAUAUUACAGCUUUGGAAAGGGUACAUCCGACUUGCGGAGAUUGUUUUUGAAAGUGACAAGACGCAGUAGACUUUGGUGCUGGUGGCUGUUGCUCCUAAGUUGAAAGCCUUUGCCACUUACUCAUUGAUUAUUAAAUUUAUAUCCCGCAUCUCCUCCGAAGAGCUCAAGGUGGGCUCCCUGUUUUAUCUUUGCAACAAAUCUGCAAAGUGGAUUAGGCUGAGAAACGGUGACUGACUGAGCUCAAGGUCAUCCACGGAGCUUCGGUGGAUUUGAAUCCAGGUCUCUCAGGUCCUAGCCCAAAGCUAGAAUCCCUACACGAAACCUAGCCACCCCCACAGUAAAUGCUCUGGUAAAGAGCAUGAGCAGCCACCCGCCUCCAAUUUGAGCAAGGAGCUCCACUGUAGGACCCAGAGGGCGUCCGGGGAGAUCUGACCUCUUAAGAUGAAGCAGAGCACUCUCUCCAAAGGGCCCUGGGGUGGUGUGGCUACCCUGGCCUGACCUUGCCUCCUUUCAGAGCUGCUCGCACCCUCAAGUAUACAUCAUAAAUAAUAGGUAAUGCUCGCUCGCUCCUCCGCUCACUCACUUACGUAAGGCUUUUUAGUCAAGGACCUCGGAGCACUUUAAGGAAAGAAGGUCAGUGCCGUGAUGAUGGUGCAUGUAGAGAGAGCUUGUAAACUGAGGCAGUGAGGAAGCGGCAGGUGACCUUGGCUAAGGUCACCCUUCAAAUUGCUUUCCCCCAGCCUGGAGUCAGAAUCCCAAGGAAGCUACAGCCGCGGCUUGCUGAAGCGAAGCCAGUCUUGCUUCAGAGAUGAGAGCAGAUGACUCUCCCUGCCCCCCCCCCCCACCUUGCCAACCCCUUUGCAAGCAGUCAUACAGACUGCAAUGGCGGCGUCUCCCUGCCGCUUCAAAAACCGUAACAGCCGUUGACUUUCUCUUUUUGAUACUUUGGUAAUUUAAUUUCCUUUUCCUAGAUCCUCUACCCUGGUUCAUUCUCCCUCCUUGUUCCCACCCUCUUCCUGCCCUAGAAUAGCUGGUGCUGAUUCUGUAGCAUCCUGCUGGUUCCCAUGGCAACCCUCUUUAAAGCCAGGCAUCCAGACAAGUCAUGGGAUUAUGUUUUCAUUGUGGGGGGAUCAGGCAGGAAAGGUGUGAAGAAGGGAGCUAGAGAAUAGGUUGGGUUUUCUCCCCCUUCUCCUGUCUUUCAGAAUUCUAAAUGCUGCACUUUGCAAACAGGCAGAAAAUGCAAAGCGAUAUAGGGAUGAAAGUAAUAUUGCCUCAUUGCAUGCCAGGGACACUUUUAGAUACUAAGAAAUGGAUCCUUCCCCCCCAACAGCAUGCCAGCCAGAAAGAUGCUAUGCCAGCCUUUGCCAACCUGGUUCCCUCCAGAUGUUAAGAAGAAGAGCCUGCUGGAUCAGGCCAAUGCCCCAUCUAGUUCAACAUCCUGUUCUUACAGUGGCCAACCAGAUAGAUGCCUGUGCGGAAAACCAUGAGCAGGACCUGAGCACAAGAGCCCUGUCCCCUCCUGUGGUUUCCAGCAACUGGAAAUACUGGGGGUUGAACCUGGAACCUUCUGCGACCAAAGCAGGUGUUCUGCUAGGGAGCUAAGACCCUUCCUCUAAUUCAGAGGUAGCCAUCGUGGGGCCCAUCAGAUGUUCUUGGGUCUUGUUCUCGCUUGAAACUGGCACUGUAACAUAGCACUGCCAUGGUGGAAGUUGUGUUCCAAAACCUUUGGAGGGUACCAGGUUAAAGAAGUGCUAAUGUGCUGCAGUUUUAGAGUGUUGGGCUAGAUUCACAGGGGUCAGCAAACUUUUUCAGCAGGGGGCCAGUCCUCUGUCCCUCAGACCUUGUGGGGGGCCGGACUCUAUUUUGGAAAAAAAAUAAUGAACAAAUUCCUAUGCCCCAAAAAAUAACCCAGAGAUGCAUUUUAAAUAAAAGCACACAUUCUACUCAUGUAAAAACAUGCCGAUUCCCGGACUGUCUGCGGGCCAGAUUUAGAAGGCGAUUGGGCCAGAUCCAGCCCCCUGGCCUUAGUUUGCCUACCCAUGGACUAGGACUUGGGAGAGACCAGGGUUCUAAUCCCACUUGGUUAUAAGACUCACAGGGUGGUUGUGGGGAUGAAAUGAGGAGAUUGGGGAGAACCAUGUUUGCCACACCUUGAAAAGGUAGGAUGUAAAUGCAAUCAGUCGAUGAUACUAAACUAGGUGAACAUAGAGCAGGCAUAGGCAAACUCGGCCCUCCAGAUGUUUUGGGACUACAACUCCCAUCAUCCCUGACUACUGGUCCUGUUAGCUAGGGAUGAUGGGAGUUGUAGUCCCAAAACAUCUGGAGGGUUGAGUUUGCCUAUGCCUGACAUGGAGCUUCCUGCCUUCCGAAGUCCCAGAGUCCCUGACAUCACCUUGUAUGUCUGGACGUCCCAUAAUAUCUGAACAGACCCUUUUAUAUAUUUGGAAUCUUUCUCCCUCUUCCCACUGCCCGCCCCCAAUGCAGCCACGGUUCUGGUGCAGCAUUGCAUGUGUUAAGGCAGCAUAUUUUGGGUUGCCGCUGUGGUUUAGGCACUGCUGUGUGUCCUCCUCCCUCCACACAAAUAAACACACUGUUGUUGUUUUUCUCCACACCCCCAGAGCUGCUGUUGUGGAUGGCAAAGCGCCCAACUCUCUUGCUUUCCUUCCUUCUAAAAGUUACUCACAGCAGUUAGGUUUGGCCACAGGGGAAAUAAAAUGGGAGGGAAACUUUUUGUUGCGCUUUUAUUUAUUUAUUUUGGAUAUUUAUUUUUAGAGGAUUGCCCCCCCCCCAAGGAAAUGGCUGGACAAUCUAACCUCACCUCUCCAGUAGAUUUCCAUCCUAUGUAAAUGCCAUGGUUAAUAACCUUGCGGGGUUGGUAAUGCGAAUGCUGGAAUACUGUACUGUGGUUGGGGUUUGUUUUUGCAGAUGCAACGCUCAUACAAGAACAAGCCGUGUACAAAUGCUAAGUGCUCAGGAUCCUUCAUGUAUGUUAAGCACAUAAGAAGAGCCUUGCUGGAUCAGGCCAGUGGCCUUUCUAGUCCAGCAUCCUUUUCUCACGGGCCAACCAGAUGCCAGUGGGAAACUAGCAACUCGUAUUGAGAAGCAUUUCUGCCUCUGACCAUGGAGACAGAGCAUGGCCGUUGUGGUUGCAUGGGAAAGGUCCCAGUUUGAAUCCCUGGCACCUCCAAGUGAGGCUGGGAAAGACCCCUGCCCGAAAUCCUAGAAAGCUGCUGCCAGUCAGUGUAAGCAAGGCAUAGCUACAUGCACCCCCAUGGUCAGUGACAAAGGCAGCUUCUUGCAUUCCUAAUAAAUGUGUGGCUGGGCUGAGUUUUCAACUGGGAACCUUGUGCAUCAUGUUCUUAACUAUGAUGCUACACUGGGAGUGCUUGAAAAAAAAUGAGUGAUGCUUGGUCUCUCAGUAAUUGCCAGUUUAUAAGCAUGUCACGUAGGGAAGGAACGUCUGCCAACCCGGCUAGGGUUCUGUUGGCCAAAUUAGAAGUUUAUCACGGUUCAGUUUCUGAGUUUGGAGGUUGUGGUUCUCCCAGUGUGGCCAUGCACCCCCUCUUCCGUUCUGUCUAAUUCCCUUUUUUUGUCGUGAAAGGCUAGUCAUUGGCAUCUGGAAGCACAACCCAUAGACUUCCCCAGCCUGGUGCCCUCUAGAUGUUUUUGGGUACAACUUCCAUCAGCCUCUAUGACCUGGUCAGCAAGUGGGACCUUGUAGUGGUGCUGCCACCUGGGGCUGCCUGGUUGGUGCUGACCCUUGGCAGGCUUUUUCCAAUAGUGGUUCCCCGCUUGUGGAAUGCCCUCCCUAGUGAAGGAGAGCUGUAUCCAUCAUUGAUAACUUUCAGGAGGAACUUGAACACAUUCCUAUUUAUUCAGACGUUUGGUGGCUGAAGAAAACUGUCCUAGACAACCCAAAGGCCAUUGGAUGGAAGAAUGUUUUCAGUUUUUUUAACGGCUUUUAGAAUGUUUCGAACUGUAACUGGUUUCAGAUGUUUUUAAUUAUAAUUGUUUAUUGAAAGUUUGCUUUGUUUUUCUUUCAAAUGUCGGUUUGCUACCCUAGGCUGCUUGGGGAGGAAGGGCAGGAUGUUAAUAAUAAUAAUAAUAAUAAUAAUAAUAAUACAAUUGUGCUGUCUGGGACCGAUGGAUAUUGUAGUCCAAAUAACCAGAAGGCCUGGACUAAGGAAACCCAAUUUCAAAACUCUCACUCAGCCAUGAAGCUUGCAGGAUGGGCACUGGAACAGUCAGUCACUCUGUCUCCCAGCCUAACCUACCUUGCAGGGUGGGUGUGAAGGUAAAAUGGAGGGGGAUCAUGCAUGAAGCCUUGAGAUCCUUGGAUGAAGAAUGGGACAUUGAUGUAGCAAUGAAGCAAAUGUUCUGUGUUUAUAAGCACACUGAGGGUUGAGUAAUUUUUGGCUUGGGGUUUUAUAUGGUAACAUCCCGAAUUACUUAAGGGCAGGGGACAGCAAAUAACAACAGUAAAUCAAACAGGACCCGAGUACAAGAGCCCUCUCCCCUCCUUUGGUUUCCAGCAACUGGUAUUCAGAAGCAUUGCUGCCUCCAACCGUGGAAGGAGAGAGUAGCCAUUGUGGCUCAUGCUGGGCUGUGGGUGGAAGGGCCAGUCCACAGCCUGUUCGGUCCUCCUGUUCGGCAGAGGAUGCUGGCAGGGAUGGUGGCGGCAGGGAGCAGUAAUGAGGUGUCCAGGUAUGGAGCAGUGUGUCUGUUUGUCUGUGCGGACACAGGGCCUGUUCUGUGCCCCCUAAGCCAGCUUACUGCCUUCAGAUAUGAGGGAUGAUGGUCCCAUUGUGAGGUUGCUUGCCCAUUGCAAAAAAGAAUAGGGUCUGCUCUCCCCCCCCCCAAAAAAAAGAGGAUGCACAUUUGCAAGUACUGAUUUCUGUGUAUAGAUGCAAAUUUAAAACAAAUGACUUUCACUUAAAUAGAAAUGUGUCUUGCCAUUGUGGAGAGGGCCUUGACAUAUGCUAUAUGUUUAAAGCCUGCCCAUUGUACAUUUAAAGCACAUGGCUUCCCUCAAAGAGCAGUGGGAGCGGUAGUUUCCCCAUCACAGUUCCCAGCAUCCUUAACAAACAGCAGUGCUCAAGAUUUUGGGGUGGAAGCUGUGUGCUUUAAUUGUGGGUUGAAUAUUCUUUAAAUGUGUGGGGUGGAUCACCCGACACCUUGCAGGCUGAGGCCAAUGCAGCUUCAUUUUUCAGCAUCGUGGUAUGUUUGGCUGGUGAUAUACCGCAGUGUUGAAAAGCUGAUAUCGCCCAACCCUAGCACAGAGACGUAGAAAGCCGUAGGUUUCAAGAGAGCCCUUAAACUAGCUUUCUAUCAUGUGCAGGGGUCAAGGAGGUUGCUGAGGCCCUCAAAUCUUUUUCUGGCUGCCCCAAGAGUUUUUGGGAUGGUCAUGAAUCAGGGUGUGGGGGAAGAGUUGAGAGGCUUAUCCUGGUUACUGAGUAGGGUACCAAUUUGGUGGUAGAGGAAAAAACAACUUGAGAUGAUUUGGGGAUAAUGAAAGGUGGUCAUUGAAUGGAAGUUGAAUUGAUGUGGAGCAGAAUUUGUUGAAUGUAUUGGGAUAAAUAGGAGCCUGGUGGAUCAGUCCACUCUGACCCAUCUAGCCCACCCUCCAGUUCUCACAGUGGCCAACCAGAUGCCUGUGGGAACGCCGCAAGCAGGAUUUAAACACAAGAGCACGCUCCCCUCCUAAGAUGUGGAGCAACUGAAGCAUUCCUGCCUCUAAGGGUGAAAGUACAGCAUAGCCAGGGGCAAAACUUGGCUUUAUUUCACCAGGGUCAAGGACUCAGCUUGGCACACCCCCUCCCACGUGCCUGUGUGUGUGUGUGUGUGUGACACACACACACACACACACACACACACACACAUAGAGGCUGGGAGCCUCACUGGUGCCCCUCUGGAGAACUCUCAGGCCAUUUGGGUGGGAGAUUAGUUGCCUUGCCUUCUGAGACGUUUAACAUCUAAAUGUGCUAUCUACACAUCUCAAUUAGCGCUGGCAAAUUUGCAUCUCUGGGCCAGUGCCUCAGCUCUUUUAUCUACCUCACAACAUCCCUUUGAUGUGCGGAGCUGAGUUUGAACACGUUUCUCUACUCAAGGCAGUGUGAGAAUCCAGGUUUCCUGAUGAUGCCUGAUGGGUCAUGGUGGCAACCAAGUCAUUACUCUAGUAGCCAUAAGGUUUUAUUGUUCCUGCCUAAGUUUAGGGCAAGCCAAGCUUAGACUGGCAUUUAUAGGCUUUCAGGGAAGCAAUGAGUCUUCUUGUUUUCCUUUUCAGUGUAACCCCUUCAUCUCCAGGGCCAACCCAUCUUCCUCCCUCAGUAUUCAUGCCUUUUUCCCAACUGUAAAAACUCCCGAACAAAUAUUUUUCUUUGUUCUGGUUGGCUACUCUUGAAUAGUAACCUACUAAAAAAGUGUGUGCGCAUGCACGCUCUUGUGAUAUUGAUAUCCAGUUGUAGCGUAGUGGUUAGAAUGUCGGACUAGGACCUGGGAGAGACCAGGGUUCAAAUACCCACUUGACCAUGAAGCUAACUGGGUGACCUUGGGUCCGUCACUGCCUCUCAGCCUGACCUACCUCACAGGGUUGUUGUGAAGAGAAAACAGGGAGAGGGAGAAGCAUGUAUGCCAGCUUUUGCCCCUUGGAGAUAAAGGUGGCAUACCAAUGCAAUAAAUAUAGAAAUUAAAUUCUAUCCAUAUGUAUUUUUGUGUGAUACCCAUAUCUAUCUAUAUUUCUGUUUGUUUGUGUGUGUCAUGUAUAUGUUUCUAUAUAACAACACUAGCUUGGCUGCUGUUUUCAACCUCCCUCUAUGCCCUGAUGACUUGGGUGUCUAAAAUGGGGUAUAGGCCUACCAGCCAAAAACCUGGGUGAUGUUUCAUGGAGUGAGUCUGUUUUCUGAGCAAGGUGUAGCUUCUAAAGCCAUGGGGAGCCCUUCUGAGUCUGUUCUCAGGGUCAGAUCCAGGAACAAAGUACACCAGGCUGCUGGUGUAUCUUUGAGCUGCUUAUUGCCACCCAAAUUGCCCUUAUGGAGAAAUCCAGGCCAAAUCUGGGGUUUCCCCCUCAAUUCUGAGAGAAGCUCAAAUAAUUAAAUCAAGGCUAGUGAAAUGACUUGAGGGAGGUCUUCUGUUGCAUCACUUGAUUGUUACUAGAUUUAAACAACAACAACAGUUUUGAUUAGGCAUGGGGAAUUUCUCAGACAUGUCUUGCACAUCUUUAAAACAUCAGAAGGGAGAGAGACACACUCUCCUAACAGUUGCAGUGAGGCAUCUAAAUAUUUGCAGCUUUGAGCAGGGCCAGGAAGAAACCCAGUUUGCAAAGGGGUGUGUGUGUGUUCCUGCUGGGUCAACGCAACCCUGUGCUAGAGAACCUUUCCUGGAAGGAGAGGGUCAACGGUCACACUUUGGCACUACUGUGCACAUGUCACUUGUGGUUGUCGUCAUAUUUGCUGGAUCCUGUGGCUACGGGGAGGCACUGCCCUUAACCUGCCUGUUCUUCCUCUCCUGCUGGAUAGCUGUGUGGGCCUCAGGCCUCUCUCAGUUUGAAAGCUGAUGAUGAGCAUUUUGACCUGUACAGUGUGUGAGGUUUUCUGGUUCCUGUCCUUGGAAGAAAAAAAUCUCUCUCUAUUUUUGCCCUUUGGGGGAUACUUAUUAAUUUUUACUUGUUUAUUUCAGAAAGUUUAUAUGUGGCUUGUUAGUAAAAAACAAACAAACCUCAAAGCAGGUUACAAAAAAAGUGUAAAACAAUAAAUUCAUCUGUAAAAACAGCUAUUUAAGACAUACAAAUCAUAAUUAGAAUCAGUGAUAAGCUAAAAACUAAUUAAAACACAAGCCAACUUUCAUUCUGUGCCUCCACAUUUGAAGACUGUAAAUGCUUCUGAAUUGGUUGCUGGCAGGAGGGGAGAGUUCUCAAAUCCUGCUUGUGGGUUUCCUAGAGGCCACUAUGAGAACAGCAUGCUGGGCUAGAUGGGCCAUUGGCCUGAUCCAGCAGGCUUUUCUUAUGUUUAGUGCAAAGAGGUCCCAUCCUAAUGGCCCUUGUCCUGUUUAGACGGGCGACGAAUACUGGAGCCUCUCAACAGGCGCAGCCCACAACAGUGUGCUGUUUCCCCACUGUUUUCUUCUCUCCUGUCCUCAGAGCAGUUAUUGCUUUCGGCCCUUAAUGCCUGUUGAUUAAUGAGAUUAAAAUCUUAAAUUCCUAGUGAUUGUAUUUUGCAUCUGGCUUUCUUAAGGUUUUUUUGUUUGUUUUUGUUUUCAGUUGGUCAGUGGGAACGAGGGAGGAACAGCCUGUCCUGGAUCCCGAUUUGAUAAGAAAGAAAAGGAUGGUUUUGCAGGGUGGGUGGGGAAUUAAUUCCUUCAAGAUAAUUGUUUCUACACCCAUUUGCGUCACCAGUAAACAGCUGGACUGUCUUCAGACUUCUUCAUGUCAUUUGCUGCAGAGUUUUUGCAGCUUUUCAGUCUUUUUCCUCUCCCUUCCGUUUUGAUUGCACCUGUUGUAUUAUGGAAACCAUUGCCAACAUGGUGCCCCUCAGAUGUUUUGGAGGGAAACUAUUCUCAGCCCCAGCUGUGCGGGCUGAUGGGAGUCCAAACUGGCAAUGUGGGAGUUUGAGUCCAACACAUUGGGGUGGGUGGGUUAUGGACUUGAGAGUAGUGGUUUCGUGGGGUUUUGUUUUGUUUUUGUUUUUUGCAUAAGGCCACAGCUGUUAGAGAUUGUGGGCAUUUGUACACUCCAGUCCCAUGAUAGUUCUUUGUGGGUAGAAAAUAUAUGUUACUUCAAAGGCCAAGAUAUUGAACGGGCCAACCUGUUUGGAUUGUGUUGCAUGGAAGGGAUUGGAAAUAAAUAUUCCUGCAUUGCAGGGGGUUGGACUAGAUGACCCCUGGGGUCCUUUCCAGCUCUACAAUUCUAUGAUUCUAUGUAGAUUCUGUGAAACAAUUACAGUGGUACCUUGGGUUAAGAACUUAAUUCGUUCUGGAGGUCCGUUCUUAAUCUGAAACUGUUCUUAACCUGAGGUACCAUUUUCGAUAACGGGGCCUCCUGCUGCUGCUGCUGCGCCACUGCUGCGUGAUUUCUGUUCUCACCCUGAAGCAAAGUUCUUAACCUGAGGUACUAUUUCUGGGUUAGCGGAGUCUGUAACUUGAAGCGUCUGUAACCUGAAGUGUCUGUAACCCGAGGUACCACUGUAUAUACAAACCAUACUUAAGGAUAACAGAGUCUAGGUCUGGUCACCUCACCCCAUCUCCAAAGAGGAUCUCCUAGCAUUAGAGAGAGGCAGGUAGAAUGAUACGAAAAUGGCAGUGCAGCAUAGUGGUGACACAGCUUGACCAGGACCCCUGGGGGAAUCUCCUCAAAGCAGAGGAGGGACCUCGUGAAGGGUGGCUUCUGGCAGAACAGGAGACCUCAAAUAACCUGGUAUCACGCUAAGCCAGCAGCGGCAGCACCCCCUUUCACUGCCAGCCUCCUCAGGGUGCAGAUGGUGUCAUUUCAGGGAAGGAGUAUAGAGCUCAUCUGACCACCAGGGGCCUUUAUUCUUGGGGUCUACAUGGGAGCAGGGAGAAGCCAGGAGAUGACCCUGGGAGCCAGCAGGUGACCAGGAAGGGGGAGGAGCUGCCUGAAGAUAUCAUGUUCCCAGUGGGACCUUUACUAGGAUAACAGCUCAUUUUUGCACUCCUGUAGGUGACUGCAGCUCACCUUCUCUUCAAAUCUUGAUCUUGGAUAUUUCAGCGGUGAAUGGAGACUCCAUGAUGAGACUUCUUCUGCCUUGAAUUGCUGGCUGCUGAGGGGCAAGCAGCAGGGCACAGCAAUUAAAUGCAUUUUGUGGUUGGAAGUGGCACUGUGCGUCCCCUUGGAAUAAAAGUGCCCCCUCCUCAGAGUUGAAGGCCUGGCUGCUUUUCACCUGGCUGCCUGUCUCAAAAGUGUUUGGACGCAAAUGGCCAGCCAUUAAUCUCUUCCCUGUGCUGUUUUGCUAAUCCUUAAUUAGCAUCUUGUUGUAAGUUCGUUAUCUAGUUAUGAGUUCCAUUUAGCAGGCGUUAGUGGAGUUGGCGGCAGGAUAGCAGCCUUCGUGCUGUAGGUUUUGUUCCAGGAUCUAAAACCUGAGAGAGGUAAUAUUCCAGAAGGGAAUCGAAAGGACUUCUGGUAUUCUGACAGAUGGAGGUGGAAACGAGUGACAGGCUCGCUUUUUCCAAAACCUGGCAUUUGAGAUUGGCAUUAUCGUGUUACACACAUUUGUCUGCAACUGUUCAGUGUUUAAAUGAAAAGGAUAGCGCUGUGAGGCACUGUGGAGACCAUCUUGUCUAACAUUCUGCAGUGUGGUGGGAUCUGUAAUCAUCUCCUGCUAAAGCAAGGGUGGAGAAUCUCUGCCCUAGGGUGCAAAUGCCGGCCUCUGAACUUAUCUUUCUGGCCCUUGCCAGGCUGGAUUUUGUCUUUGAACUCUGAACACGCAUCCUGCUUCCCCUGGAAGCUUGCUCGGAAGGGAAGGUGGCCCUUAUUCUGAAAAGGGUUCCCCAUUUCUGUGCUAAAGAAUCUACCUAAUUUACAGUUUUGCAGCUGCAGCUAAAGAAAGAAAAAUGCUGCAAUUCUCUAAAGAUGUCUGUUGUGGACUGCAAAAAGGACCAUCUGCAAUACUAUAUUGAUGUUGCUACUCUCAAUUUGUAUUGAUAAUUAUUAGCUUUAUAUAUUAGCGGUUUUAUUGGUGCUAUGUUUUGUCCCUGCUUCCCUGGUGGUUGUCCCAGCAGGGGGUUUAGAUUCAAUGCAAAUUUGUGAUUGUAGGUCUUUGUACUAUUCCCAUUUUUUUGUAAUUGCUAUUGGGUCACAGACAAAUAGAAUCACUCACCUAAUUUACAUUUAACCACAUGCCUCAUUCAGAUCUUCUAGAUCUACGGGUUUCAUAGUGUAAUCUAUGCACUAUGUGAAGAAGUACAUUCUUGUGUCUGUCCUGAAUCUUCCAGCAUUCAGCUUCAUUGGAUGGCCCUGAGUUCGGGUGUUAUAAGAGAGGGAGAAAACCAAUGUUAGAAACGGAGAUAUGAAAGCUAGGUUCUAAAUGGCACCUUAAACCUAGGUUAUGGGUGCAACAACAGAAUGUUUAGGUGCACUUUUUUGUAACAAGAAUACAAAGCUAGAAAUGAAAGAACUGCAGCUAAAAUCUUAUGUUCAUUUUCACAUGGUCUAGUCCUUCCCUUGCCCACCCCCCUAAUAUUCUUAAGAGGGUCUCUUCUUCAGUCUUCAGAGAGUACCUGGAAGUGGGGAGGCAGAAAAAGGCCCUCCUUUCCUUCCACUCUGCAGUUUUAAUUUGAAACCUUAGGCGCAGUGCUGUGCCCAGAGCUCAGAAACUGUUCGUGGGAAUGAAAUUCCCUGUCGCAAAAUGCACAAAAUGGGAAUUUCAAACACUGGAGAAAACCUUUUUUCCAUAAUUUCACACACUUCUGUAUUAGUUAUAUCUGACCAAGGUGGGCGUCUCUAGUCUCCCACAGGGGCCAACUGGAUGUAGCUGGUAGGUCAGUCAGCAGGACAGGAAGACAACAGACAUCCCCCCACUGUUGCUCCGCAGCAGUUGGUAUUCAGAGCUAGACUGUUUCUUAGCAUGGAGGUUUUACAGAACCACCUUGACUAGACAAAUUCAUAGAGGAUAACUCAAUUAGGUGUAAUGGCAUAAUGCAGCCUCCUGCAAUCUCGUGCCCUCCAGCUCCAACACCCUUGAUCCCUGGCAGGUGGCCAUGCUGGCUGAUGGGAGUUUGACAUCCAACAGCUUCUGGAAGGCAUUGGAUUGUGGAAGGCUGCUCUAGGGCCACUGAAAUCUAUGCCCCGACUGAGCUGGAAUCUGUAGCCAGAAAAUCCAUCACCCUGUUUACUAUAUAUUUGAGAAGCAUUGAUCACUCUUGAGAUCUGGCAUAAUUUUGAAUAUCGUGAAUAAUAAUAAUAAGAAGAAGAAGAAAAUAAGCCAGCUCCAGGUUUCAUCCAGCAAGGCAAAUACUGUGCCAGGUUGGGCAUAUAGGUAAAUACACAAAGUGACAGCAAGUGUCAUUCCCUUGUGUGAUGCAGACCUGCCGGCUGGAUUGAGUUUCCCAAGGGGAUGGAGCUUCUCAGUUACACAUUUGGAGCUUUUAAUUGUGCAAAGAGACUCCGGAUUGUGGGGAUGGGGGAAUAUCUCUCUUCCUUCAAGAGCCUGGUAUGCUACUUCCUCCCCCUAUAAAGGGGGCAUCAUAAAAGCAAAGAUCCACCACAAAAGAGUGGCAGGUAGCUUGUCAAAAGUCAGCAAAUCUGAACAAAAAUAUUGAGGGGGACCCCCAAGCUGAAAUGUUCUGUUUUUUUAUUAUUAUUUUACAAAUUGCUUAUUUACUUCUUCUUUUUUCAAGCACAUAGCUUGCUGGCCCUUUUAAAAAUGAGAUUCUUUUCAAAGGUGCGUCUUCUCCCCAAUAUUAUAGAUGAGUGUUGCAAAUUGAGCCUAUUUAGUUACAGGCUGGCAUGCAUAGUUUGGCAAGAGAGCAAUACGAUUCUAUAAAUAGACCUUCGCCUAUGGCGAGAGAGAAUCUUCUUGGGUGAACAGACAGGAACCUUCUGUAAUUAAGGAAGAGAGUCGGUCCUUUCCCCCUCCUCAUUCUUCCCUUCCCAGGCUGUUGUGGUGCAAAUGAUCAAUAUAGGUAUGUAUUGGCAGUUGUGCAUGCAUAUUUUAUUAUUAUUAUUAUUAUUAUUAUUAUUAUUAUUAUUAUUAUUAUCAUCAUCAUUGUAGGCUAGUAAACUGGCACUGUUGGCCAGGCUGGGCUAUUCUAAGAUUCCUUUCAGAUUGGCCUUUUCUCAUAGUUGUUUUUUUUUUAAGGGCACAUGCAAUAAUGUAAAGAUUACUCCCCCACUCACCUCCUGCCAACUAGUGAGUAGAAAGGAGCAAAGGGAAUGUAUUUCGUGAAGGCAGGUGAGGCUGAGGAUUUUGUCCCUGGGGUUUCUUAUCUCGAUGAAAAGCUCCACAGUGUUCUUUUCUUUCUGGCUGAGAAAGUUUUGCUACAUUCCUAGGGCUGGAACGCACGCAGAAAGUCUGACCCCCUUUCCAGGACUGCAGAGUACAGAAUGGCAAGCGGCCAAGUUUAAUUAUAGGAAAGAAGGAAGAGGAGUGUGUGUGUGUGUGUGUGUGUGUGUGUGUGUGUAAAAAUUGCCUUUGAAAAUUGUCAUUGGGCACAGUGCAAAUGCAAGUGGUACAGUUCACAGCAAAUUUCCUUUCAUAUUGUGCCCAGUGUGUGACAGCUGUGUAAAAGGUGAAUUCCAUGUUAGGGAUCGUUAGCAGAGGAAUUGAAAAUAAAACUACCAAUGCCAUAAUGCUGUUAUACAAAUCUGUGACUGCAAUUGGAAUACUGUGUAUGGUUCUGGUCACCUUACCUCGAAAAGGAUAUUGUAGAGUUGGAAAGGGCAACUAAAAUGAUAAAAGAGGAUGGAGCAGCUCGCUGCAGUGUUUGUUUGUUUUUUUUUUAAAUAAUUUUUAUUAAAGUUUUAAACAACAAAGAAAAAAAAAGAAAAGCAUACACAAUACAUAUAACAAAAACACACACAAAAAACAAAACAGAAUUCAACAAUAAAGAAACAAGAAACAUAACAAUUAAAAACAAUAUCUCUUUUCCAUUUCCGUUUUUUAGUUACUUAUUUUCUGGACUUCCUCAUACCUCCCUCUUUUGUAUUCCAAUCCAAAUUGUUUGUCCAGCAAUUUCUUUUCCACUUUUUUUAAUCCCAAUCUUUAGCUUUAAUAAGAUAUUAAAAUAUAUAACUUCAACUUCUUUAAACCUGAUCUUUGGUCUUAGUAUCAUAUAACGUUAAAAUUUUUCCUCUUAAUAUCAAAUUUCCAUUUCUUUAAACAUCUUUAAUCCUAAUCUUUAAUCUUAGUCUAUCAUUAGCUUUAACCUGUACAGCUGGAAACCGCUUAUUUUCAGUCCAACAUCACUCUAACAUUCCUUAAUUUUGCAAUGUUUCUGAAGAUAGUCUUUAAAUUUCUUCCAAUCUUCCUCCACCGACUCUUCUCCCUGGUCACGGAUUCUACCAGUCAUUUCCGCCAGUUCCAUAUAGUCCAUCAGCUCGCUGCAGUGUUUGGGACUUUUUAGUUUAGAGAAAGGGCAAAUAUGAGUUUUUUUCCUCCCUCUCUCAUAACACUAGAACUGGCCAACAUCCAGUGAAACUGAAUGUUGGAAGACCCAGGAGAGAUAAAAGGAAGUACUACUUUAUGCAGCACAUGGAACUCACUCCCACAGGAGGCAUUGCUUGCCACCAACUCAGAUGGCUUUAAAAGAAGAUUAGGAAAACUCAUGGAGGAGAAGGCUAUUGAUGGCUACUUGUCACAAUGUCUGUGCUCUGCCUCCACAGUUGCUGGAAACCACAUGAGGGGGGAGAAUUGCUCUUGUUCUCAGGCCCUGCCUGCAGAUUCCCACAGGCAUCUGGUUGGCCAUUGUGAGAGCAUGAUGCUAGGGCAGCUGGGCCAUGGCCGUGAUCCAGUCCCAAACACUGCAACUUCUCUUUAUAGGUGAGUCGCUCUUGGUUGGCUUGCAGCAUUUUCAUUCUCUUUCCUGUUGUGCUCUUAAAAGCCUCCAUUCUGACAUGCACAAGCAUCAACUCUAACCAAACCCCAGGAUGGUGUGGGUGGGUGCAAACUACAGAUGGAAGGAGCCUGGUUGUGCAGAUGGGGACUGGUUUGCUUCAAUUGAAUUCUAUGGGACAAAGUACGGCAGCCUGACAACUUGGGAAAGAGUUGAAAAGGGGCUUGUUCUGUUGACUCAUAGUGCAACUACUUUCUGGGGGGGGAAGCGCGGGUGAGUUAUAGGGUGGGGAAUAUCUCCACCUCCUCCAAAGUUUCACAGAUGGCAAAUAGCCCUUUCAGCAGAGCCCUGAUGCUCAUCUGAAGACCAUCCCAGUUAUUUUGUAGGGGGUGAAAGCAGGGCCGUCUUAAGCAUAUCCGGCACUGUGGUUCAAAGAUCCCUCCAGCGCCCCCCGUCCGUUUCCCAGAGUUGCCAACCUUUUUUAGGAAGGACGGUGCUGCGGGCGAUGCGCCCAGCUUUGCGGGGCUGGAGGAGACGGGCAGCUCCUCCGGCGGGGAAGAGGCAGAGGCUGGACGCGGCAGCUCCCGGGCUCAGCUGGCCACUUCGUGCCGUGGUGGCCACGGCAGGCAGAGGCUCCGGGCGCGGUGCUGCUUCGGCGUGGCAUGGCGGAGGCGGGCAAGGGCGGCGAGUUGAUGCCGGGAGGCGCCACAUCCAGCCUCCGCCACUUCCCUGGUGCCCUCCAGAACGUGGUACCCUGGCGCCCUGCGCCACUAGCCUCUAUGAGUAAGACGCCCCUGGGUGGAGGCAUUCCCCUACCACAUCCACCUUUUCACAGGGAUGGCAAACUAGUGGCCUUCUGGAUGUAUGAGGGUGUUCACUCUGUUAGCUUGCUAGCAAUGAGUGAACAUAUGAACCUGCCUUAUUCGGAAUCAGAAUAUUGGUGCAUCUCUAGCCUUCUAUUGCCGCUGGCUCUCUGAGGUCUCAAGGGGAGGCUGUUCCCACAAGCACAUCCUAGCCUAGCAUUAUUUCCUCUGAAAACGCUGUGGAUUGGCACCUUCUGUAUCCGUAUAAGACUCAGGCUUUGCCACGGAGCUAGGCCCCCGCCCUCAAAUGAGGCAAAUGUUGUUUGCAAGCUUGAUGUCAUCCAGAAUCGGGGGGGAAAUAGCUGUCCCACCUCCCUUGCAGGGCUUGAACGUGAGAAAACAGGGAUAAAUAUAGUCAUGUAGCAACGGCAGAAAAGACUGAAAUAAAUGGCGUGGGUUGUAGUAUCUCCAUUUAGGGCAUUAACAGAAAUGUACAUCAUGGGCAUAUAGAGCCCCCCAGGUUGAUGUGAUUAUCAUGGACUGAACAAAUUGGGAAGGAGAGGCUUUUUUUGGAGGGGGAACAUCAUGAAAAAGGUUCAUUCCCCUCCCAAUGAUAGAAACCCAGUUCUCUGAGGUUUGCAGGUUGGCACAUUAUGAAUGUUGCCAUCUUGGCUCAUUCAUCCAAAGUCCAUAAGAAAACUGUCUGCCUUCAUUCUGUAUUCCUCCUCCCUGCACCCUCUUCUUUAUUGACUGAAGUCUUUCCCAACCUGGUACCCUCCAGAUGUUUUGGAUGACAGCUAGAGAAGUGAGACCUCCAGGUCUGACCUGAAGUCUUCAGGUUUUCCUGGCCUCCUCCAGGUGGCAGCUGGAGGGCUUUAAUCUCCAGGUGGCCAGGAGUGCCUUUAAUAAAAAUAAAAAAGACUGUACAUGCAGAUUGCAAGCUUCAGCCCAGCAAGAGCUGGCUGCAAAUUAUAGCAUAGACAAUUUUUGGGGGGGGGGGUUUGCCCUCCUCUGCUUCCCUCUCCCAAUUAACCUACAUCUGCUGAGCCCGCUCCAUGAUGUCACUAAAGGUGGCCUCUUAAGUCUCAGGUUCGGGCCCUGAAAUCUUAGGAUCUGGCAUACUUCCGACCUGGCAACCCUGUCAGCCCCAGGCAAAAUAUGUGCAUGCUGGCUGGGAGUUGUAUCGGGGCUAAUGGGAGUUAUAGUCCAAAAAUGGCUGGGACUGGUGGAAGUUGUACUGAUAUUUUGGAUUCCGGUUCCCAUCAGUGCCAACCAGCACUGGAGGGCAUCAAGUUAGAGAAGGCUGAUUUCCUGUAAAGGAGGGUUGCCAAGUUUCUGGAAGCUCAGACCCUCAGAUGCAAGAAGCAGAGGCUGGGAAUGAGAGGGUGAUUCCUGGCAGGUAAGGGAGUGUAGCUUGGAAGUUUAGGACUGGAUUCCAGAGGCAGGAGAUGUAGGAUUAUAGGAAAUUGCCCUUAUACUGAGUCAAACCAUUGAUCCAUCUAGCUCAGUACUGUCUGCACUGUUAGGCAGCGUCUCUCCAGGGUUUUAGGCAGGGGUCUCUCUCAACUUUACCUGGAGAUGCCACGGAUCAACCCCUGGGAUUUUCUGCGCACAUAGCAGAUGCUCUGCCAUUGAGCUAUUGCACUGGUUUGAUCAAGAGGGAAAACUAGCUAUGCCGGGGCUCUAGGAAGUAUCGUUUGAAGAGCGGAAUCUCUCAGGCAAAUAUAUAGCUGUGGGCCCCUUGCGGACACCAAGGAAUCAAACCGAAGCUCACAGCCACAUCCUGACACCUGGAAAUGAUCCCAUGGUAUCCUACAUUCCUUUACUCCCCUCCCGUGUUGGAUUCCAAAGCAGGUUGAGGAAAGUUAUAGAAAUGACCAUCAACAUUUUCCCUUCAAAAGCCCCGCAAAACUUUAAAGUCAUGGCCCCAGUUGUACUUCUGACUGAUAUACCAGUGUGAUGCACUAAACUUCAUUCACACCAUGCUGAGAUAUAAGAAUGAAUGUCAUUGGACAACAUUGCUACUCCCACACCCUUUCUGCGCAUGCCUGCUUCUGUUCCCCCAUGAUUCCCCCACCAGAGGUGGUGGGCUUUCCUUCCUUGGAGGUUUUAAAGCAGAGGUUGGAUGGCCAUCUGUCAUGUUGAGAUUCCUGCAUUGUAGGGGGUUGGGCUAGAUGACCUUUGGUGGUACCUUCCAACUCUACGAUUCUCUGGAAACGGCAGGAAAGAACUGUAUGCUGUUGUACUGCCCCAAAUUUCGCCAUUUUAUCCCUUCGAUUUUCCAAGUUUAAGUGGGCUCCAAACAGAUUCCCCCCCCCCCCCGGGACCGAAUAACAUGGAAAUGCGUGAUAAACGUGCACUAUAUUCCCUUAGUUUUCCAGAAGUGGUUUUUGUGCCAUGUGAAAGGCCAAAUAUGGUGUGGAAAUUAGCAGUUAGGGAAAUGGAAUAAACUGCAGUGUGAAUGCAGCCCUGGAAAGUUCCUGCACUUCUGAAUGUAACUGCUGCACCUGGUGGUUAGGACACUUGAUUUUUCCAGGGGCCAGUAUAUUGUGCAAGUAUGAAUAGUAGGAACAGUUAUGUUGGCACAAGUUUUGUACAUAAUUGGGGAGGAGGGGACCAUUUAGAGUGGCCCCCAAAUGCUAGUUGUGCCAGUUCCCCUUAUUGCCUUCCCCUCAGCUCAUGGGCAGCACCGAAAGGCAGGGCAGGAGGUAAAUGCCCCCCCCCAAAAAAAACAAGGAGUUUGCCCCCCAUUGCUGGACUCUUGGCAUUAACAUACAGGCGUCAACCAUUUUGCAUGGGGACUCCAUUUCUGGCCCCACACACGUCAGCAGUCACACAUUAGUUGGACGUGUGCAAAAUAAUUGUCGUUUGUACUUGUAUACUGUUACUUUAACACAGGGGUCAGCAAACUUUUUCAGCAGGGGUCCAGUCGACUGUCCCUCAGACCUUGUGGACGGCUGGACUAUAUAUUUUUUUUGGGGGGGGGGGAAUGAACGAAUUCCUAUGCCCCACAAAUAACUCAGAGAUGCAUUUUAAAUAAAAGCACACGUUCUACUCAUGUAAAAACACGCUGAUUCCCAGACCUUCCGUGGGCCAGAUUUAGAAGGCGAUUGGGCCGGAUCCGGUCCCGGAGCCUUAGUUUGCCUACCCAAGCUUUAACACAUGGUACACAACUCACCCACCCAGAAAUAUACUUUACCCUUUCUGCGCCUGCCCAAAAAUUCUGGUGCCACUGUUUCAGCUCCAUUUUGUGGCUUGAGCAGCAAUUGCAAGGCUUGGCAGGUGUGCCUGACUGCCGGGCCCUGGCAAUGUGGAUAGGCUGUGGUUAGAAAAGCUGUGAGGUGAUUCAGAGCCGCCCAGCUCAUGUUCACAGCUCCCCUCCCCAGGAAUGCUAGCAGCUGCUGCCUCUCUCCUCCAAAGGCCUUUUCGCCUAACCUUUUGAAACCCUUCCUUUAAAACUAAAAGCAAAUAACCCACCCCACCCCCCACUUCCUGGGUUAGGUGAAAUGACCACUGCAUGGGGCAUGUGAGGGGAUGGCAGGCAGACACAAGAAAGAACAACUUCACCCAGCGCGUAGCUCACCUACAGAACCUCCUCCCACAAGAGGCAAUGAUGGCCACCAACUUGGAUAGCUUUACAAGGGGAUUAGGCAAAUUCAUGGAGGAAGUGGCUAUCUUGCAUUUCAGUUGCUGAGAAUCGCACCUUGGCCACAUUCACACCAUACACUUAAAGCACUGUGGUUCCCCUGCAAACAGUAGUAGCUUCCCCCAAAGAAUCCUGGGAGCUGUAGUUUGUUAAGUGUGCUGAGAGUCAUUGGGAGGCGUCUAGUCCCCUCAUGGAGCUGUAAUUCACAGAGUUCCCGUUGAAGAGGGAUUGAUUGUUUAAGCCACUCUAGCUUCAUAUGAGGGGGAUAGGGAGCUCCUAGACACCCUCAGUACCUUUAACAAACUACAGUUCCCAGAAUUCUUUGGGAGAAGGCAUGACCACUUCAAGUAGUAUCAUAGCGGUUUAAAUGUAAAGUGUGACUAUAGUCCUUGGGAGAGUUGUUGUUUGGGUAAUAAUAAUAUAAAUUUAUAUGCUGCCCAUCUGACUGGGUACUCCCAUCCACUCUGACGCCUUUCAACAGUUAUCAAACCACAGUAAAACAUCAAACAUAAAAAAAACUUCCCUAUUCAGAGUUGCCUUCUAAAAGUCAGAUAGUUGUUUAUUUCCUUGCCAUCUGAUGGGAGGGCAUCCCACAGGGUGGGCGCAACUACCGAGAAGGCCCUCUGUCUGGUUUCCUGUAACCACAUUUUGCAACAAGGGAACCGCCAGAAGGUGGAUCUCAGUCUCCGGCCUGAAUGAUGAGCUUCCCAGAAGAGGCAUUUAGAUUUGCCGCUGUGAGAAAAGGAUGCUGCGCUCAGUGGGCCUUUGGCCCGAUUUAGCAGGACACAUUUUGUGUCCAUAAGUAAGCCACUUGGAGUGGCCUCCUUUUGGCUAUGUCCACCCUUCUGCUUUCCCUCCAACCUCAUCCAGCAGUUUGCCCCUCCUGGCAGUUUUCAAAGACUUUGGAGGAGAGGGACUUGAACUUGUGUGUUUUGCCCCCCAGCCAGGAGAGGUUUGCUUCAAACAGUUUUUGGGGAGCUCUCUGUAUGUGUGUGUUUGGUUUCCAUGGGGACGAUGACAGGCCCAGCUGUCACUCAACCUGGGAGCAGGGUGUUUGCGCAGGAGGCGUGGGGGCCUGCUGCCUGAAUUCUUUCUUUAAAGUUGCUGACUCAUGUGAAGGGCAAGUGUGUGUUUGUGUGUAGGUGAGCCAGAGAAGGAAGGAAAGAUCUAUAGCUUGAUCAUUACUUCCUGAGCCCCUUUUGACCAUCUCUGGAUGCUAUCUCCUACCUGCUGGGUUUCUCUCCCGCUUUGAAAGGAGCAGGGAGGGGGAGACCAGCAUCAAUACACAGCUUUCCUUCCCAAAAUAAUACCUCCCAUUUAUGGGGUUUUUUGUGGUGGUGGUGUUUGUCAGGUUUUGUUCAGUUUAACCUCUAUUCCUUUUCUUGCAAUAGCUUCCCACUUCAGCAGCUUGACAAUCAUGCCUUUCAUUUGAAAGAACCCAAGCAAGGUUUUAGCCCUCAUGGAUGCUGUUAGAAGUUUCAAAAAACAUAUGAGCAGCACCUGCUGUGUUCUCUGAAGCCAAAGUAGGGACACUAGCAUUGGCAGAAAGGGACAGAAGACAUAAUUCUUUGCUGGACCCCCUCCUAUCAAACAUGAUAUGUGAUGGAAGCUAAAUAAAUAUACAUAACUUGUAAUUUGCUAAAUCUAGCUUGUUAUGCAGAAUAAGUUCAUUAUUUCAAUUUUGCAGCUCUGCUCUCAGGUACCUGGAAAAGAAAACUUUGCUUGAGGUUACCUGCUACCUCCCACACCCACCUUCCAAAUGGGAGAGGGCUUCCUUCCCAUGCCUUCAAACCUCCUGGGAUAUUUUUACAUGCACACACACACACACACACACACACACUCACUCACUGUUCUUGUCUGUUUGCUUGCAGUGUGUUCAGUGGCCUAGGGUGGGGGAAGAGGUUCACUCUGUGAUAUGUGAGAAGUGACACCUCCGCCUACGUGGGAAUUGGCCAUCUGUAAGGCAAGCCUGUUCCAGACCAGCAACCAAAGACCUGUAAAUCCAGCGGGUGCGCAGCUCAGCUCCCUCCUCGUAGGUGCCAUUGCGUGGCAGAUAACGACAGUAUUAUAUAACGCCGCAGCCUACCUUGGCAUGCGCUUAGCCGGAGGCUUCUAAAUCAUUAAUGCCGUUGCAAUCUUUGCCGUUAAGUAGGUCAGAAAUGAGAUGAGAAUUCGGGAGGGCAGCGCGGAGACUUGGCAGGCAGGAACGUGAGCGCAGUUGGCGAGUGAGCGAGGCUGCCUUUGCCACCUCUGAUGCUGCCAGGGACAGGCUUGGGAGGUGGCAGUGGCAAGGGGGGUGAUGACAACGACGUCUGUAACCAAAUCUGGAGCUGGGGACAGUGCCUUCCAGCCUAAGGUGCUUGCUGGGACUGGCGCCAGGGGAUGUGAACUAGGAUUAGGUGUGAUCUAGCACCUGAAGGUCAGAAGGUUGGCCUGGGAAGGGCAAAAGUGUCUGCUCCAAGUGGGGAACGCACCCCAGACUCCAUCUGUCUUAUGUGGCUGCUUCUGUACAUGCAGGUCCUCUGUUGUUUACUAGGCUGAGGGGCGCCGCCUGCUCAUCCUAAACCCAAGCCCUGGGUGAAAAGCAUCCUUUUAUGACCCAGUUUUCUUUCGCGGUGGGAAGUUGGUGGGGUGGGGGGAGAACUAGAUAGUGAACUUCAAACAACAACUGUGCUGUGUGUGCCGAUUUGAUCAGGUAUUCCCUUUUGCAAAGGAAAGAUCCCUGUUUGCCUCAGGCCUUGGGCUCUUCUUACGCUCUUCUCAGGAAGGCAAAGUUGCUUGAGCUACAAUCCAGGGAAGGUGGGUAGAUAGCUCCUGUGUCCAGAAGAUAGGCCAAUUGCCUGUUCCAGACAGGGUUGCAUUACCGCUGAAGGAGCAGAUAUGUAGCUUGGGGGUACUCCUGGAUUCAUCUUUGUCUUUAGACUGUUGAUGGGAGCGGACAACCGACAGCAUAUGACACCUCUGCAGAAAUAUCGGCCCAUAUGCUAUGGGGCCAGGUUCAGGGUUUUUAUAAUGAUAUAGAAAGCCACAAACAGAUGAAAUCUGGGGUCCAUUAAGGACUGCCUAAGUAAGCUCUUAUAUCCCAGCUUGAUCACUGACAUCUCCUGGGGGAAGUGCUGUUAGUCAGUCCCCCCCAUGUUUCAGGAACCCCACUAACUUCAACUAGAAAUUGGGCAUUGAGUGUUGCCAGCCCUAUGCAGAGAAACACUCUCCUGCAGAUUUUGGGCAGGCAUCUUGGCUAUUAACCUGCUUCAGGUGUCUUGAAGAUGUUCUGUAUACGCUGCCCUGAUAUUUCACAUGAGGGGCAAUCCAUACAUAAAAACAUAUGAAGUGCACAGGUUGUCAACUUUUGGUGACCUGGGUCCAGGACUCUGACCUACAACAACAAAACGUGAUUUGGUUCAUUUUAACUUUUGACCAGGUCACUUAAGUCUUUCUUGACAAGUCCUUUCUGCCUAUGCCAGCAGAGUGACCAGAUGCUUCGUAGAGGAUUGAGCUCCUAUGCUUUUUUAAUUGUGAUACAGAAAAGGGGAUUUUGGCUCCCCACCCCCGCAUGCAGUAUUACAACAAGGCUCUUAAAUAACGCCCUGACCACUAAUGUUUGUGGCCACUCUGAGAGGUGUUUGUUCUCUUCAACCCACCCGCAAAGCGCAUACACACAAACAUUGUUUUUACCUCUUGCCCUUCCAACAUUCAUCCAUCUGUUGGUUUCACUUCUGUCUCUCCCUGUGCAAGAAGGAAGUUGAUCAGUGAGACUGAAACUCGUGGUUCUAACAGUCACAUUGCUCUGUGGAUUGGCAGGCCUAGGGUGAGCCUGGAUGCUCUUGCAACACACACACACACACAUGAAAACACUGCUGCUGCUGCUGCUGCUGUAUCCUGUUCAUGUUAUUAUGAUUGUUGCAACUACCUCUGCCCCUCCUGAUCUGACAUCCCCUCCAAAUAGGGAUGUCCCACCCCCACCCCUUUUAGCACAGAUUGCUGACUGAAGCUUUCCACGCCAUUGCACAUUGUGGAAGGCUCUCCACCGCUUGUGGAUUGCUACAUUCAUGUUUUUCUAAAAUUUCUUCUUCUAUGGCAUGGGUAGGCAAACUAAGGCCUGGGGGCGGGAUCCGGCCCAGUUGCCUUCUAAAUCCGGCCCGUGGACAGUCUGGGAAUCAGCGUGUUUUUACAUGAGUAGAAUGUGUGCUUUUAUUUAAAAUGCAUCUCUGGGUUAUUUGUGGGGCAUAGGAAUUCGUUCAUUUCCCCCCCAAAAAAUAUAGUCCGGUCCCCCACGAGGUCUGAGGGACAAGUGGUAAGAAAAUAAAUAAAUGGAGGUGGGGGAGUCAGAAGGGGCAAUCUGAGACUUCUUAUGACCAUCCCAGAGCUCUGGAUAGGUAGGGAUGGUCGUGCAGGCAACAAUUCUGGGAACUUCCUAGCUUUUUUGUGAUUCUGCCUUUGCGUGUGAACCCUUGUGUAAGUUGCAGGUCCACUAUGCUUCAGAGAUCUAACCAAUGCUCAUAACUGUAUGCUGCAUGUAUGUUUAUGAUGCUAUACUUUGUUUUGUUUUUGUCGCAAAACAACUAAAAUCUAUUUUUCAAAAAGGGACUAGUAACUUUCAGGAAAGAGAAAUGUGGUCCAUCUGGUGGUGCUAGCAUGAUGGGUUUUAGCAGCCUUUGCCCACCAAAUAUUUUGGCCUACAAUAUCUGUCACCUCCAGUGAGCACAGCUGUCUUCCCAUUGGCCCCUAGCUGACUGGGGCUGAUGGGAGUUGUAGGCUGUCACAUCUUGAGGGGAGCCAGGUUGGCAAAGGCUGAGCUGUAGGGCCCUCCGUAUCCACAGGCUGUAUGCCACUGAGUGUCAGAUGCUGGGGAGAGCUGUUGCCUGAAUGCCAUGCUUGUGGGCUUCCAGGAGACAUGUUUGGUGGCUGUCACUGAGGAGAACAGGGUGAGGGACUAGAUGGGUCUGCCUUGUUCUCAUCCUAAGGAAAGAAUGGCAAACUUUUGGAAAGUUCUCCCCUUUCUUUGUCCCUUGCACUUUUGCCAGCUUUGAAUAAACAUUACAGACCAUGUCCUGGAUCCAAAGAAUUGUGAAAAACAAUUUGUUGAAUCCAGAAGGACUUUGGGCUUACUUUAUUUGAGUGCUUCUGCUGUGUCACAUAGCAAGCUGCAUUUGAACCUGAGGGAGGUUGUUAUAAUAGUAUUGUGGAGUCCAGGGGUGUGUUCCAGUUGGCCUUCCCUUCCCUUGGGCUACCACAAGCCAGUGUGGUGUAGCAUUGAAACUGAUGGGCUAGAGACCUAGGCUGAAAUCUUAACAACCAUGAAAGCUCACUGUAUGACUUUGGGUAGCCAGUUAUAUACCUCAGUCUUAACCUACCUCACAGGGUUGUUGUGAGGAUAAAACUGAGUGGAAGCAGGGCGGGGAGAGAAGCCGUAAGCUCCUUGGAGGAGAGUUUGAAUAGCAAUGUAAUCAAUACCGUAAGCAUUAUUUGAACCCUGACGGUAUAUUUACAGAAAUGAAAUGGUUAUCAAAUUAGACUCAUUUUUCUGUUUAGACUACUGGCUCUGAACAAAAUUGCCUUUGGCUUGUAGCAUCUGGCAUGUUGAAUGGGGAGGGAGAGUCCUACUGAGUACAGUCCUCUCUUUGGAAGGACUGAGUCUGCUCCACAUUUGAUUAAACCCUAAGAAGGGAGAGCGGGAUGUUGAAAUUGUCUAUCAACAGUUGUUUUUUUAAUGGAUGUUUAUAUUUUUUGUGUCACACACACACACUCCCUUGUAAACUAUUUUGGCUCAUUAUGUGGCAUAUAAAUAAAUUAUCAUCAUAAUGAACACCUCCCGGACAGCAGACUGAGGGCCUGCAUACAGCUCACCUGAUCAGUCUUUCUCCAUACCAUGAGAUGUGUCUCUAUUUAAAUGAGAGCAAUUAUUUCUGAGGCUGCGUAGACACACUGUACCUUAAGAGCGCAUAAUUUUUUGAGGGAAAGAAUGCGAUUCAAAUGUGCUGCAAAGGUACAUUGUGUAUGUACACAGCCUAAAUCUGCAGCAGUGCAUGAUAAAUUAGCCUGUGCAUAUUUUAUGCAAAUCUGUUGUGUUUGUUGGUGAUGCAUGACCAGCCAAGUUAGUCCAGCAUGGAAAGAUGGGGAUGCUGAGGAGUGGUGGUGGUGCAAGCUGCUGUCGCAGCUGUGUCACUUUAAUUCACCUCCCUGCCACCCGUUGCCAGCCCUCUUCUAUCCUCCACGAAGGGAACAGCUGACCUGGUGUGACCUUGGUUAGCUUGAGUGCAUUAGGCUGUGUGUGUGCACGCGUGUGUCUGUUGUUUUUGCGGGGAGGGAGAGCAUACUUGUAUGGUUUGCUGUUAAAUCAAGCCUUUUCAUUGGAACCGCUUGCUGCGAAAGGCAACCGUCUUCUCCCCCCGCCCCCAAGUUGUAAAUAAAAAAUAAAAUAAAAGCCGAACGUGUCCCAUAAACAAGGCGCACAAAAGGCCAGGCGGGGUUAAUUCUUUGCCACCUUCUGUUUGACAAGUAAGAUUAGGGCUGGCACUUCACCCUGGCCAUGCCUUAUCGAUUAGCGCUAAGGAGAUUACUUGGUUGUUCCAGAAGGGUCGGGAAAACUUUUGCAGCUCCUGUUGUCUGUAGGAAUUGGGUGCCUCACGCUCCAGGCUCUGAUGCAGGCUGAUGGCAAAGGCAUUUUCCAUUGCUAAUGCUUUUUCUUCUUCUUUUUUGGUAAUUACACACACACAGAGAGAGAGAGAGAGAGAGAGAGAGAGAGAGAGAGUUCUGCUCAACGCCAGAUGGAAGGGGAACGAGGCAACAAAGGGUCUUCGGGCACCUGAAAGGCCAACUGAUUUACUGUGCCAAGAGCUUUUGCUGACAAGAGCCCACCCACUUGUGCCAGCUGCUCCCCUGGCCAAAUUGAGCAUAAGCAUGUCAUUGACACCUUGUGGCAUGUUCUGCUCAGGCUGGGCCACAGUCUGGAGGCACUCAAGGCCGGUGGUCCACCCACAAAGAACAGGCUUCAAAGAGAAUCAUCCCUUUGGAGAUGGACUGAGGGUGAAGGACCAGUUCCUGGCCUGUAUUUUUAGGUAUGGACCGAUUCCUCUUUUGAGAAGGGACAGACGGACAAGGGACUGCAGUCUGGUUCAAGUAAGGGCUGGCCAGCCCACGGGCCUUACAGAGGAGAACCAUAGAACUCAGUGUCUUCAUGCAGCUUUCCCCAACCUGGUGCCCCCUAGCAGUUUUGAACCAUAACUCUCAUUGGCCUGAGGAGAGGUUUCUUGUGCUUUCACCCCCUUUUCAGUACUGAAAAAGCACUGGUAAAAGCACAAGAAACCUCUCCUCAGGCCAAUGAGAGUUAUGGUUCAAAACUGUUCCACCCGAGUUGUUAGCUUCUGGUUUUCCUGCAAUUUAGCUCAAGCAUCCAGAGCUGCCCAUUCAUUUUGCUAGCCCUGCUCCUAUGCCGGGGUUGGGGAACUUUUAUUUCAGCCCUAGGGCCACAUUCUCUUCUGGGCAACCUUCCAAGGGCCCCAGUGUGACAAAACUGGUCAUGCUCCCCUAAAUCUGCCUCUGCUAGCAGGCUAGUUUCUGCCCACAUCUGCAGGCCCCUCCCUAUCUUCCAUCCAAGGAAGCAAGAGGCAUUAUCCGGAGUUCAGGGGCAUGAUGCGACAAGGAAAAAAAACACCUGAGGAGGGGGUGAAUCAAGUCCGGUGAGGGGUGUAGCAUGGGGAAAAUUGCGAGGGCCAGAUAAGGAUACCUGGGGGGCACAUUUGCCUCCCAAGUCUGUGGUUCCCCACUUCUGUCUUGUGCUGUUCCAGACAGCCGCUCCCCAAAAUUAAGUGGGAGGAACUUGUUCCCAUUACUUCACCUCCAUGCCAGGAGAAAGCCUCACCAAUAGAGUCAGUGUGGUGUAGUGGUUAGAGUUUCAGAUUACGAUCUGAGAGACCAGGGUUCAAAUACCCAUUUGGCUGUGAAGCUCACUGGAUGUGACUUGGGGCCAGUCACGGCCUCUCUGCCUAACCUACUUCACAGGGUUGGUGUGGGGAUUAACUGAGGAGAGGGAGAACAAUGUGUGCCACCUUGAACUCCAUGGUGAAGAGGUGGGGAAAAAGUGAAACAAACAAACAAACAAACAAACAAACAAACAAAUAAAUGGUCUCUCCACAUCUGCCUGUUGUUACCACCACAGGAACUGAGGCAAAAGAGUGAAAGUUGGCAACCUUUUCCGUGUCUCUGGGCUUCUUUUGCUUUGCACAGAAAAGGAAAGGCGGGGGUGGAGUUUGGGAGAAGGGAGGAAUCUCUUUUCCCCUCCCGGUUGGGUAUAUAAGAGAUUGUUGACCUGUUUUAUUUCAUAUAUUGUAACUCUGAUGUUAAUCUCGGCCUAAGCCACCCUGAGAACUUGGUUAUUUGGCAUACAGAUGCCUGAAAUAAAAAUAAGAAAUAAGAAAUUUGUGCUUCCUUGGGUCAAGGGGGUGGUGAGAAGCUCCCAGGGAGCAGGACACAUGGUCAGGAUCUGAGGGAAUUAAUGUUCCCAGGCUUUUGGCCAUUAGUGGCUACUGGGAAAUUCUCUCUGCCCCCUCCCUCCCACCCCACCCUCAUGGUCUGUCAGAUACCAUUACUGAUGCUAUCUGAGGUUUCCAUCUCAGGAGACUGCCAGCCCACAACUUUAAUGUUUCAGCUCCAAAACCUUGAAAAUACAGUGGUACCUCGGGUUAAGAACUUAAUUCGUUCUGGAGGUCUGUUCUUAACUUGAAACUGUUUUUAACCUGAAGCACCACUUUAGCUAAUGGGGGCCUCCUGCUGCCGCUGCACGAUUUGUUUCCCUCAUCCUUAAGCAAAGUUCUUAACCCAAGGUAAUAUUUCUGGGUUAGCGGAGUCUGUAACCUGAAGCAUAUGUUACCCGAGGUACCAUUGUAAAGAGAAUGAGGACUGCUGAUUUUGAUUCUGGAAAUAUUGACCUCCCUGAGCAGAGCCAGUGUGGGGAAAGAAGUGGCCCAGUCCCAAUAGGCAGCCUUGGUUUUCAGACCCCAGGGAAGCCCACUGGAAUGGGAUUUUACUGGUCAGACGGCUAACAUACUAGCAAGGAGGCAGCCAUCACAGUUCCAGCAUCUGCCAUUGGGCUAAUUGCAUUUUGAAAGGCAUACGCUUGGGCAAAGUAGGAAACAAGAACAAAACCAUCCGAUUAUGGAAGAUUUGAGGGUUUUGGUUUUUGACAUUUAUAUCCCUCCUUUCUUCCUAGCGGUGCCAGGUGGCCUGUGUAAUUCUCCCCCUCCCCAUUUUAUCCUCACAAACACCUUCUGAGGUAGGUUAGGCUGAGAGAUUAAUACUGGCUCAUGGAUCACCCAGCAAGAUUUGGGGCUGAGCUGGGAAUUGAACUCUGGUCUCCAAAGUCAUGGCUCCACACUUUAACCCCUAACCCACGCUGGUUCAGCACUCCAAACUGGUCCAGUCCUGAUCCUGAUAGGAAUUGCCCGUUGACCUCUGCAUGUACUUGACUAGCUAUAGUUCAGCAUGGGGUGGGGGGUGCUUCCCCUUUUCCCCUGCCAGAUCUGAUUCCUGAAUCUGCCAGGUUUCUGUGAUUCACUUUUAUCAUAACUUAAAAUCUGCAAGAAUCUGGCCUGCGUGAAUCCUACUCCUAAUGCGACUUUUUGCACCAUUUCCACUUUCGUGUGAGAGAAAUCCAGUGGUGAUUUGAGAGCAAAACCCUACUGAUUUUCUCCUCCUCCAUAUCUCAGAGUUGCCAUACGUCUGGGAAAACCCAGAUAUGCCCUCUUUUUGGGGCCCAAAGUGCCCAUCUGGACAUAUUUUUAUAUUUUAAAGGAAAUGUCUGGGUUUUUCAGGCUCGGGCUGGCAGCAGCUGGGCUGUCCUCUUUUUUGCUCUUCAAGAUAUGGCAACCAUACCAUAUCUUAUCCUCACAACAACCCUGUGAGGUAAGUCAAGCUCAGAGGCAGUGACUGUUCCCAGGUCACCCAGCAAGCUGCAUAGCUGAAUUGGGACCAGGUCCUAGUCCAAAACUCUAACCACUAUACCAUGCUGGCUCUCCAGGUUGUUCCUAAAGCUAUCUUCAUGACUUUCAAGAAAACUGAGGGAGUAAGGUAAAGUAGGGGCGGUGAAGCUAGAGAAAUGUAUGGGCACAUUUUAUAUAAAUAUAUAUUUUCCUUCAAGUUGUAAUUUAUAUCCUUGUUUUAGUGCCCUUACCGUAAACGCUAGCAUCUUUUCCGUCUGUAAUGAGAUUUGUGGCAUGCAGAGUACUGGGAAAACUAUUUCUUUCUUUCUUUUUAAUUUAAUAAAGGUUUUUGGUUUUGUGUAAUGUACAUUCUGCUGUUCAGAAAUCAAUAGGAGGGAACAAAAUAUAUAUAUACAUAUGAAAAUGAACCCAGCGCUGUAAAUGUGGGCAUCUUAAGUUCAUGAUGGUUUUAAGACCGGGGGGGGGGGGCGGAGGAGGGCGGUGGCCGGGGGGCGUGUAUGUGGAAGGUAUUUGAGACUUGAUGCAUUUGAAAUGUACAUUGUUCAACAGAGUCAUUUUUGUUAAUGUUCGCCCUGCAAGGUCAGAAUCGAAAGCAUUGAUAUUUUAAUUUCUUGUACAAUGGGGAUGGUAGAACAUCUGGACUAAUUUCAUUCAUUUUAAUAACUUAUAUGGUGCUUAAUAUAACAAAAUCUCUUUAAGUGGUUCGCAACCAUAAAACCACAAGCAGAAAGUCAUUGGAAAAACUGAAAUUAAGCCUUCAGCCUGUAACAGCGCUUAGAAGAAAACACACAAGUGACCCAUGCUCAAACCUUAAACAGUGGUUAAUCUUAACCACUUACUGCUGUAACAAGCCAAUGUUUGAAGCUGGACUCCAAACUUCCAUAAUAAUCCCCAACCAUUGGCCAUGCUGGCUGCUGGGAGCUGAAGUCCAGCAACAUUUGGAGAACCAGAGGUUUCCCACCCUGGAGGCAACUGGAGAGCUCUUCCUGCUCCAAGGAAAUGAGUGAGAUGCAAAUCAUAGGAAUGCCAGAAGCACUGAGAUAAGACAUCUCUAGGCCCAUUGGCUCCAGAAUUGUCUGCUUGGCAGCCUGUGGGAUGGGAUUUUCCCAGCAGUACCACUCAAGUUCCUUUAAUGUAAGGAUAUGGAACUUUCUCAGCCCAAAGGCCACAUACCAAAAUAGGGCUGGGGAAAUGGAUGUGAUUCUUACCUUUCCAUUCCAGCAACAUACAGGUCAGGGCCUUCUGCACCCACAGACAUCUUUCCAUCCUCCAGUGGCACCCUUUCAGGGCUGAUGUGAUGCAUUUGAUGUAGCCAGUCCCAAAGGCCUCACCGCUACUUCUUGUUUUAACUUACAAUUUCAGCAUAGUCUUCAAGGGCAGUGCCACAUUGGAUAUGUUGCAGUAGUCAAAGCAUGUUUCCAAGCAUGGAUACUAUGGGAGGCUAUCUUCAUCUGGGAUAGCCCAUAGUUGGCACACCAACCUAAGCUGCUGAAAGGUGCUUUGUGCCAACAAGGCUACUGGGGUCUGUAGAGACAGUCUUAAUAGCACGCACAAGGGGCAAGUCUGGAUGAAACACCAUCCAGAACAUGCUGCACUGCUGUUUCCUAAAUCGGACAAAGCACCUGCCCACAGCAUCUCCAUCUUAUCAUGGCUGAGUUUCACCUUAUUGGCUGAGCAUUGGUUCAUAAUUUCCAACAGCAUUCCCUGAAUUUGAUGAAAAAGGGAACUAAGAGAUGGGUGUCUUCAGGAUACAUGGGUGGAGUAUACAGCAUUCAGCAGUGGAGGACAACACUGAUCUAUGUGAUACAGCCUAGCAUAAAUGCCAUGAAGCAGAGCAAUAAUUCGCCACCACCCCGGAAGUACCACCACCUGGAAUUUGCCAGUGAGGGAUGAAUAGAAAUGCCAAAACACAAUGUUCCCGAUCCCACAUCCAGUAGCCACCCCAAGAGGAUUCCUUGAUGUUUAGUAAUGAAAGCUUGCCGCCCCCACCCACCCCGCCCCCACCCAUUCUCCAUAGCCUCCCCUUUUAGAAUAUGGCAUAGGUUAUUUAAGAAAAAACAAUGCAUGUCCUUUGACAUACUGUGGUGUGUUUGGGUGGAAUUUCAGCAGGUGUGUUGUUUAAGUGCAGCCCCCCACCUUUCGUUUUCUGAGUGUACAUGGAGAAAGGCCAUCCUUUUUUGUAAUUUCCCUCUCUCAUGACACUAGAACUGGUGGAAGUCCAAUGAAGCUGAAUGGUGGAAGAUGAAGUACAGAUAAAAGAAAGAACUUCACUCAGCACAUAGUUAAACUUUGGAACUCCUGCAGGAGGUGGUGAUGGGCACCAACUUGAGUGGCUAUUAUUAAUAGAUUGUUAUUCAUAGAUUAUUAAUUAAUAUUAAUGGUUCUAUUAAUAGAGGACUGGACUCAUUCAUUGAGGAGUCGCUUCUGAAUAUUAGUUUCUGGAAGCCCCCGCAAGCGGAGAGUGCGCUUGUGUUUGCCUGUUUCCCACUGAGGCACCUCAGGGGCCCCUGUGGGAACAGGAUGCUAGAUGGGCCCUUGGCCUGAUCCAGCAGGGCACUCCUGAUAUUGCGACGGGUUUUUCUGUGCGCUGGAAUCGAAACCUUCCGGCCAGGAUCCGUCUCUCCUGAGGGGCCCACGAGUCCGCCUCUCCCACCAAAAUGUCAAGAUCCCUUUCGGGGAGCCCGUCCUGCCAAAGCCAGAGGGCGGCCAAAUUUCCACCCGGCUCAUGCACACGCGCGCGCCUGCCCUCCCUCCUCCUCCUCCUCCUCCUCCUCCUCCUCCUCUCGGCCACAAAGGAAGCGAGAGAGCCCCGGCUGGCUUCGGGCAGCUGCUCCAGCCCCCCCCCCCCACGUCCUGCCCGCGUGCGCUCCUCGCCUCUCGCUCUGCGGCGCUGCAGCUGUCGCUGCCCUUUAGCCAGCCCCGGCCGGGCCACCAUCCCGGGGCAGGGUCUGGGCCAAGGAAGGAGAGAGAGGCGAGGCUGGCCUUUGGAGGGAGGGCGAGAGCCGAGCGCGCCUGAGCCUUGCCCGAACUGCUCCCGCAAUAGCCUCUCGGACCCGAUCCAGGGCCGUCGAGGCGCAGACGUGGAAAGAAAGGCCGCCGCCGCCGCCCGCGCGUCUCCGCCCCGCGCCGUGAGUCCCGCUGCGCUUCAGUCUUUCCACUGGAGAGCUAAAAUUAGCCGCUCCUCCGCAGGGCCGGGAGGGAGGGAGGGAUCCGGCGGGCUUGGCUGGAACCGCGAACCGCAGAGGUAGCCUCCCGCCCGCCCCCCUUUCCAGGCGAGGGAUAGUGUUGGGGGGAAGUUCAGCCGGGACCCCCAAGCUCCCCUCUUGGCCCGGCUCUUGGGCUCUUGGGCGCGCACUCAAACCAUUGUGCGCGUUUUCCUGUCCGGGGGCUUCAGAUCCCCUCUUUCCGACGGAUUUCUUUCUUUAUUCUUGGAUCUUUUUUAUUUUUGGCAAUUCCCAAAAUAGAGCCUGCCGAGGCGUGUGCUGCUUGUGGGGGAGGGCGCGUUUUCCUGCUGGCUGCGUGGCGGUUUGGAGACGGCUCUUUAAGGUGGUGCGGGGCCGGAGAGAACUCGAGGCCGAGUUUCUUUCCGCAACUUUUUUGUUUUGCUUUUGCCUGGGGAGGUUUUUCUGUUGCUGCUACGAGCUGGUGGGGGGUCGCGCACCGAUCGUGUUUUUUUCAGGGCGAAGGUUGAUCUGGGUUUUGCUGGAGGGGCUCCGUGUGACUGCUGGGUUUCUGACUUGCAGGCUGCUCACUUCCAAACGACCUGUUUGUUGAGCGUUUCCCCAUAUUUGUUUGCCCAGAGCUUACAGGGAGGGUAUAAGAAGCAGGCUGCAUAUUGCAUAUUCAUUCUGGUUUGUUUGUGGGGAGGUUAAACAGUGUCAAGCAAACUUCAACCCAACACUUUCCAGUGCAUUUUGCCGGUAUGCAAUUGAAUCCUACUGGCAAUGCUGCAGUGGUAUGAAAUUGCCUCCAGUUGUUGAGCAGCCAGCCUAAAUUGUACUGCUGAAAUGAAGAAAUUGGGGUAACCAGGAGUGGGUUUUGAUAUAGAAGGACUGCAAGUUCAUCUCAUUUCUUGUACACAAAACAAAUUGCAGGGCUCAAUAUUCUAUUACCAUUAUUAUAUUUGUAAGAGCACAUCAAAUUUCCAAAAGCACUGUACAUCCUUUAAAAACAUGAGACAGCCCCUGUCCUCAGGGUCUCAAUCCAAUGGACAUGAUACAAAAGGAAAAAGGAAUGGGAAGGGAAGAGGAAAUAUUACGUGUAUGUUGUGUUGUUGGGUUUGUGGACCAGGGUGGUGGAUUUCACAUUUAUAAUAUAUCCCCCCAAAACUGAAGUUUGCCUAUCUUCAUGUAGAACUCUAAAAUACUUUCAUUAGAACUUUUAUGUGAUUGUUUUCAACAAAGAACCGAACCCUGAGAUUAGAGCCAUGCGGGGUAAUGGCAACCCCAGUGGGACUCCAGCACCCUUCAACACAUUUACGCAUGUUUCUUGCCACUUGGACCUGCUCUGCUUGAAGUUUUUCAGGUUGGAAGCAGAGAAGCAGUGACUAAGGCCCAGCCCAGAACUGGGAGGCUAGUGUCUAGUUCACUGGGCAGUCCUGACUUUUCUUCAUUGGUCAUCCUUUUGUUCUCAAAACCUUCUGUAGCUUCUCCACUGAAUCUUUCCAGAUUUGUCCAUGCCCUUUUAUUUAACUGAGAUGCCUGGAGCUGAACAUGGAACACUAAAUGCCUUUGGAAAAGAGAGUGUAUUUUUCGGUUAAGCCUUAUGCUUUGCAAUGGAAUUGAAUUGAAGAGAAAAUCAGCAACGUAGAGUGACUGAUGUGAGCAUAUUCUAAUUAAUAGACGUAAACGGUUGCUCAGUAGAAGAGCACCUGCAAAGGUCCCAGAUUCAGUUGCUGGCAGCAUCUGAAGGGAUGGAAUAGCUGAUGAUGCAUCAGAAAGACCCUUUCUCAGCUGGAGACCUUGGAGUCACGCUGCCAGUCAGAGGAGAGCAGCCUUCCCCAACCCUGGGGCCUUCCAGAUGUUUGGAACUUCAGCUACCAUCUCAUCGGGUCCAGUCAGCAAUGGGUGGGGCUGAUGGCAUUUGUAGUCCCAAACAUCUGGAUUGGAGGAGGCUGGAGCUGAAAAUAUUAGGUUAGGUGGGUCAUUAUAAGGGCCAAACUAGACAAUUUUGGAAGAAGAAGAAAAGUUGGUUGGGGGUUCUGAGUUCCUUGUAUUUCUAGUUUACAGUCUCCUAUUCUGCUCUCAUGGGACAACUUACAGGUAUAACUAUAAUUCUCUCCUGAUGGGACAAAUACUGACCAACAAUGUGUGUGUAUUUUAGAUGAUUGAGAGGGAGAACUGUGCAGGGAGAAAGGGUUAUUACCUCCUGCUCUCAUAACCCUCCCGCACAGUGCUGUGUCCCUGAUCCAAUUCCUUCCCACCUGCAUUUUGUUUGUUUUUAAAGGAAAGAUCUGGAGAACUGGUCCUGGAUCUCCCGUGUCUCACCUUGUUUAAUCACUCAUUUGCUGCAGCACAGGCAACCAACUGCCCUGUGGCAUUUGAAAGAUGAACAGAUUUAUUGGGGUGUAAGCUGAGUUCUAUGAUAACUUUUUUUUACAGCAAAAAGUACCUUGGGGAACCAUUAACAAAUUUGUUCGUUAGCCUUUAACAAAUUUAUUUGUUAGUCUUUAAGCCUGGCAGUUUUCUCCCUCCACCCCAACUGGGAGCAGUAGCUUGUGAAGUUGCCAGAUAUCUGUAAAUGGAGAACAACAGCACCUUUGCAAGACUAGAAUUCCCAGGAUUCUUUGGGCAAAGGGGGGGGGACACUAUGCCUGCCUGACCAAAGUGGCAUCAAACUAAUUUAGUUUGUAGUGUGUGGACAGGGUUUCCCAUACACCUUCUUACAAGAAACAGGCUCUGUUUUCUGGUCCCUGGUGUUAUGCCAGGGGUCAGCAAACUUUUUCAGCAGUCCACUGUCCCUCAGACCUUGUGGGGGGCCAGACUAUAUUUUGAAAAAAGAAAAUGAACGAAUUCCUAUGCCCCACAAAUAACCCAGAGAUGCAUUUUAAAUAAAAGGACACAUUCUACUCAUGUAAAAACACGCUGAUUCCCGGACCGCCCAUGGGCCGGAUUUCGAAGGCGAUUGGGCCGGAUCCGGCCCCCGGGCCUUAGUUUGCCUACCCAUGUGUUAUACCUAUAUAAGUUCAACUGUGGAGGGCGGAGGCAGCUUGUCUCGAGUGCAUGUAGCACCUGCAUAUCUCACACAGCCUGCCAUUUUUCACACACUGGCAAAGUUCACCUGUGUAACUGUUAAAAGUAACUGUUGAUAACAGAUUGUAGGACGAAAGUCUGUUUUCCAAACGUAUCUUUAGCCAAAAGUCUUCCUUUUCUUCUUGUUGUUGCUUUUGGAAACGGUGCUACUGCAAAGUAAAUGGAUACAAAAUCAUAUAGCAGUUGGAGCCUUCAGGAAUAUGAGAGGAUAGGGAAAUUCCUUGGGGUGAGAAUAAGGAUGCCCAAUUUUAGUCUGUGAAACGUUGGAAGUUAUUUGUUCAUUUUGCAUGCGGCCUUUCUUCCACCGUGGAACCCAAAACAGUGCAUGUUAAUUAAUUGAUUUAUUUCAUACAUGGUUCCCAGACUGUCUCCCUUCUAGGCUCUGAUCAGACUGGGGCCUGCUUAACUUUAGCAAAGCGGGAGCCUCGUGCACCUGGGCUCUUCAUGUCCCUGUCAAGGGGCAUGUAAGGAAGUAACAAUCUGAAAGCCCAUGGUAGAGCAUCUGCAUUGCACGAAGAAGGUUGCGGGUUCAGUCCCUGACAUCUCCAGAUAAGCCUGGGAAUGUCCCCUGCCUGGAAACACUGGGCAGUUGCUGUCAGUCAGCGUGAGCAGCAUUGAGCCAAAUGGAUUAGUGGCCCGGCUAAGACUUUCCCCCAUUUCCUCAUGUACCAAUAAAUACUGUUAUCUAAUCCAUCAGUCUUCAGCUGGUGGGAAUAGGAGUCCCAAACAUCUGGUGUCAGGUGGGUGAAGCCAGAUUUAGGUUGUUGAUAAUUUCUGAAUGGAUUUCUCCACCCCCACACCUCACAUACACCCUUAGACACACACCCUCUCCUUCAUUGCAACAUUUGUGGCCACAGGCCUGAGAUAAUAUGGGUGCUGUGUGUAAAUUGGGUGAUGACCCCCCCACACACACAUUGUAGUGUGACACCUGUCAGUGCCUCUUAUUUGCUUGAUGUGAAGUUUCACAAACCUUGCAUGUUAUAAGUAUUUUAGCCAGGGUUCCUUUGUGGUUCUCUCCUUGUCGUCGCCCCCCCUCCCCAAAAAAAAUUGGCCUGUGUUUCAUUUGGGUAGGUGGGUGGGAUGGGAGGGGGUUGGAGAGGGGAAACAGAUGUAGAGGGAGAGCGGAGGACAGAGAACAAAUAUAAGAACAUAAUAAGAGUCCUGUUGUAUCAGGCCCAUGGCCCAUCUAGUCCGGCAUCCUGUUCUCAAAGUGGCCAACCAGAUGCCUGUAGGAAACCCGCAAGCAGGACUCGAGCACAAGAGCCCUCUUCCUUCCUGUGGUUUACAGCAACUGUUAUUCAGAAGCAUUAGUGCCUCUGACCGCGGAGGCAGAGCAUAGCUAUUGGGGCCAGUAGCCAUUGAUAGCCUUUAGCUUUCAUGAGUUUCUCCAAUCCUCUUUUAAAUCCAUGCAAGUUGAUGACCAUCACUGCCUCCUGUGGGAGAGAAUUCCACAGUCUACCUAUGUGCUGCGUGAAUAAGUAGAUGACUUGAUAUUGUAUAAGGCCGAUCAUAAUGUUCUGAGGCUGUGUCAGGUCCCAGAAGGGUCGGGUUAAAUACUGUAGCCUUUAUGAUUUCAUAAAGGAAAAGAGAGCCAUGCUUGUAACACCCCCAGUUCUUGUACAGAGGAUCACUGCCUGAGCUGCAUUUAUUUAUGUCUUUUAUUACACUAUAGAGGCACCCCCUAUAAAUGUGUCCAAACCAGGGGUGGCAGAGAAGUUUGUAUGGCCCACAUUUUUAAGCCAACUGACCUGAUUUGUACUUCCCGGACUGAGAAAAAGGACCGUAAAGUGAUCCACUUUUCAAUUUUGUGCAUUUUGUAUUGCAGUUCUUGUAGCAAAAGUCAUAAAGUCUGCAUUUUAUAUUAAACAUCUUUAGAAAUGCAUGUAUUGAGGUAAAAAGCAUGCUUAGAUGUGCAUUUUGUGAUGAAACACCUUUCAGUAUGCAUUUGAAGCCUUGUGGGGAGUUUAAAAAAUAAUAAUAAUAAAAAGCUUUCAGAUUCAUGCUGCCACGGAACAGAAUGGACUUAUAAAAUAAAGACCUGCAAAAACUGAUAGAAAAUGGUCUGCUCCAUCAAUCCUUACAGUAACAAGCAGCUUACAGUAAUUUAAGGGUGAGGAACCUAAGUGUCCCCCAAAUGUGGCCCUCCAGGCCUCUCUAUUGGGCCCUUUGGAUUCUCCUCAGACCAUAUCCCUCCAUGCCUUUUGUUUUCCUGAAUUGAAGACGGGGAAGCAUAGGGAGCUGACUCUCGCAUGGCAGGCUUCUGUCACAUCUGUUGUCACACCCACUUUUGCCUUUGGCCCCACCCACCACUGACUGGAAUGAGGUCCUUGGGCUGAAAAAGUUCCUCACCGUUUUCGUAAUUUUUGUAAGACGUGUUAAAACAGUACAUUUAAACAAUUCCUAACACCAGUUGAAUUAGAAGAAGCAGCACAUCCACCCCAAACUGAUCAGCCAAGUGGGAUCUGAAGCAAUGUUGGAGGCUCCUCUCCAUCUUUGUCUGUUGCCUUCAUUGAAUUAGCAACAGCCCAGUCUCUGCUGAUAGGAAACAGUUUUCUGGGUUAAAGCUAUGUAAGAAGAAACACAGUGCUCUUGAGAUAUGUUAUCAACAGUUCAAAAUAUUCUCCCACCAGUUGCAGGGUGUGAAACAACAGGCUGUUUGGAACAUAUGCUGUAGGAGAGUGGAUGCAGGGCAGGGACUUUCAAGCAUCCAGGAUUGUAUUCGUCAUUUCCCCACCAUGUGCUUGGUGACAACCCCAGAACUUUGAGCAAGAUGCCCACAGUGAAACCCAUCUUACCCUGCAAGGGGAGUGGGCAGGGGAGCAUGUUGCAACUCAAGAAUUUCCUCCUGCUUUAUUAUUAUACAUCACUUUUCAUUUAUAAAUCUCAAGGAAGUUAACGAGAGCCAGUGUGGUGUAGUGGUUAGAGCAUCAGGCUAGGACCUGGGAGACCAGGGUUCAAAUCCCCUACUUGGCCCUUAAGCUUGCUGGUUGACCAUGGGCCAGCCCCUGCCUCUCUGCCUAACUUACACUGCAUUGUUGUUGUGGGGGUUAAAUGAGGAGGCGAAGAUGCAGCACCUUGAGCUCUUAGGAGAAAAAGGUUGGAUAUUAAUUAAAUAAAUAAGAAAGGAACCAUUAAAAUGAAAACAUCCAGAUAGCCACAACACACAAUUUUAGCAACCAUAGCAGCCAGAACUAUGAAAUAACUCAUUAGUGAUAACCAGGAAACACCAGGAAGAGAGAAAGGUCUUUGACCUUUGCGAAAGUCUUCCCUAUCCUUGGUGAGAGCCUAAUCUUGUCAGGGAGCUCACUCCACAAAAUGGAAUUCCUUCCAUUCCUGCUGCUUCUGAUACUCUGUGCAAGGUGAGAGUGAUGGGACUCUGGGUCUUUUUGCCCUCUGGGGUCAGCCCUGCUUGGGCAGAAAUGCCAGAGGUGAUUGGCUGUGCCUAGUAUACAUCAACAUGGUGCCCUUCAGGUCUUCCGAAGGAGGAAGAUGGAAGAGUGGCACUCUCUCCCACUUCCUCUUUCAGCUCUAUUGCUUUUCAAGGUUCAGGUUAAUUGCACUGGAUCUGACUUUUGCCCAGACCCCUUGGAAAAGCAAAGUGUGUGUGUGUGUGCACUUACUCCCCAUCUGAUUAUCUUUAUGGAUUAUGAACAAAUUACAGGCUGGUGAGAUGGAUUUGAAGGCCCAUAGCUUAGUGGCAGAGGAAAGAGGGCUAGGAAAGUCCUCUACCUGAGGCCCUCCGAGCUACUGCCAGUCAGAACAGACAACACUGGCCUAGAGGGACAGAAUCUGAGGCAGCUUCAUUAUUUUUUUUUUAGCUUUGCUGCAGAUCCUUGUGUUCUAAUAUGAGAGAAUGACUGAGGCAGGCUUGCUUUAUGCACACAGCUUUUCCUUUUUUAAAAAAAAUGUGCAAAAUCUGUUCCUUACAAGUGCUGCCACAGCUGAUCAGCAGCUGUCCUAGAUUAUGUGCAUGUGUGUGUGUUUUGUUUCCAGUGAGUGACAGAUUCCAGGGUAUUUACAAAAGGCUUGCUUUUUCAACCCCUUCUGGUGGGGAGACAUCACAGAGGCCCCAAGCGUAAUGCGGGAGGUAGCCUGGUUGGUGAGGGAAUAAUAUACUUGAAUCCUGCUUGCUUCCUGCUUACCUGUUUUCCACAGGCAUCUUGUUGGCCACUGUGAGAAUAGGAUGCUGGACUGGAUGGGCCAUGGAUCUGACCCAGCAGGCUCUUUUUGUGUUCUUAUGUGCUCCUAGUUUUUUGUUUAUUGGUUUGCUGAUGAAAAACCUGGGGCUUCCAUGAGGUAGAAGACACCAGUCUAUGUUUGGGACCUCUGAGAUGAUUGGAAGGGGGUUGCUCUUUGGAGUGUGGUGCUGAGGGGUCACACUCUUCCUUUCUGCCACGUUUUGGUGGGAUGCAGCUGGGCUGGAGUGAGAAAAUGGCAACAGAUGGGAAGAGUUUUGGAUACUGAUGAAAGAUGUUCCCUGAUUACCCAAGCCUGGUUGCCUUACAAAUGUUUUGGAUGACACACUUUCUUCAGCCCAACCAACAUACAGUAGCUAUUUCCAACUCUCAACUCCCAUCGACCUCAAGCAACACUGCCAUUUUGGACUACAAACUCAUGUCAUCUUGACUGUUUGGAAUCUCAGCUCCCAUCAUCCUUAGCCAGUACAGCUGCUUGUUGGGGCUGAUGGGAGUUGUAGUCCAAAACAUCUGGAGGGCACUAAGCUGGGGAAGGCUGUGUUUCUGGUGGUAAAUUGUGUAGCGACUUUUAAAUGAUGUGGUUUUUGGUAUUUCUAAAGAUUGACCUUGAAAUCUGUUGGUUUUAUAUACUGGCUCUUUUACAAUGAACUUGAAUGUCAGUACAAUAGAGUGAUUAGUAAUAUUGUUUGUGAUUGUAAUGUUGUGAAAUGAAUUUGAGAGUAGAUGGGUCCUUAUGGUGUGCAUUGAUAUGUAUGCACUUUUGCAGUUAUGAAUUGCUGUAGAAUUCACUUAUUGGUUGGUCUAACAAAACAUUCAGCAGAAUCAUAGGCAAAUCCACAUCAUCCAUUAGAGCAUCCAACUUCCCCUCCAAAUCCUGGGAACUCUCGUUCCACCUAUAAUUGCCAGUAGCCUUAACAAACUACAAUUCCCAGGAUUCUUAUAGGGGAAGUCAUGUGCUCUAAAUGAGCAUUGGGUGUGCUUUAAAUAUACAGUGUGGACCUCUCCUUUAAGUGUCAAGUGUGAAAUAUAAUGCUAUCCGUUUGCAGGUGGAGGAUUGCAUCUCUGACCGCUCACCCUUAUUUAAAACUCCCUGCAUGUGGGGGAGAAGGGGUUCCAUCUUGCCCCCUUCCUGACUUGCUAGUUUUCUAUCUGCUAGAAGAUUAUUUUUUUAUGACGUACACAAGCAUGUGUUCUCUUCCCCUCAUGCUGCCCACCAUCUCAACACAGUGUGGCAUGGCGCAGCUCAGGAAAAGGUUUGCCACUAGAUCAGGCAGAAUGUAUUAACUGGCCCUUUGAGGGUCUAAGUCUCAGGGACUGACCUCAGGGCGACACCUCUAGGGGAAAGAUGUGUAACCUAGUUGCCCUUGGUGGUGUUUCGUCUUUUGUAAAGAGGCCUUAAGCUUCUCCUCCUUGGCUUAUCUCUCUGAUCUGCAGUGCAUAAUUAUUACAGUGUUUCCUCAAAACAUGUUUGCUGGGCCAAUCCUGAUGACAAGUGAAAGGGUGUGUGUGUGCAGAGCGGCACAGACAGGGAUGGGGAAACUCACUCCCAGGGGCUGAAUGCCCUCCAAGACCCUCUGCCUGGCCCUUGGGACUCUCCCCAGGCCACUCCCCCAUACCAGUUCAGCUCUGCAUCCUGCUUGAGUGUUUUUGGCUGGAUUAGAAUGCGUACUUGAAGUCUGGUAAUUUGUCUUGCUUGCCUGGGAGAGAGAUGUUUGUGUGUAUAGAGAAGGGCUGUUUUUGUAUGAAGAUAAAAUUAACAUGGGUUGCUCCGCCUACUUCCUUCUGACCCUGCAGACCCCUGGCAAGUGAGCGCUGGAGGUUUGCCUGGAAGUGAAUACGGCUUUGACUAAAGUAUGGUGAGGGAAGACUGGGUCUGGGUCUGGGAGGAAAAUGGCCCCAGCUCUGGAACACAAGAAGAACCUGCUGCCUGUGGGAAACCUGCAAGCAGGUCCUGAGGACAAGAGCCAGGGCCGUCUUAAGCAUACCCGGCGCCAUGGUGCAAAGCUCCCUCUGGCGCCCGCCCCCCUGUUUCCCAGAGUUGUCAACCUUUUUUUAGGAAGGAUGGUGGGGCUGGAGGAGGUGGGCAGCAGCUGGAGGGCCGCUCCUCUGGUGGGGAAGAGGCGGAGGCUGGCUGUGGCGCCUCCCGGCUCUGCUGGCCGCUUUGUGCCGCGGUUGUCACGGCAGACGGAGACUCCGGGCGCGGCAUGGCGGAGGCGGGCGAGGGCGGUGAGCUGGUGCUGGGAGGCGCCGUGUCCAGUCUCCGCCUCUUCCCUGGCGCCCUCCAGAACUUGGCGCCUCGCGCCACUAGCCUCUAUGGGUAAAAAGCCCCUGACAAGAGCAUCUCUCCCCCUUGUAGUUUUCAGCAACUGGUAUUCAGAAGCAUUGCUGCCUCUGACUUUGGAGGCAGAGCAUAGCCACCAUGGCUCAUAGCCUUGUCCUCCAUGAAUUUUUCUAAUCCUCUUUUAAAGCCAUGCAAGUGGUGGCCAUCUGUGCCUUCCAUGAGAGUGAGGUUGACAGUCUUAUGUGCUGCAUGCAGAAGGACUUUCUUGUUCCUGUCCUGAAUAUUCCAUCAUUCAACUUCACCGCAUGUCACUGAGUUCUAGUGUUAGGAAAGAGGGAGAAAACCUUUUCUGUCUCCACUUUCUCCGUGCCAGGCAUAAUUUUAUUUAUUUCUAUCCUGCCACUUCUUACUCGACUUUUCUCUAAACUAAAAGGUCCCAAGCGCUGCAACCUUUCCUCAUAUGGGAAGUGCCCUGUCCUUGCUACCAGGCAUUACAGCAUUUCCAUGGAGACCCAGAAGAAGCAGCGGAGUCGGCUAAGACCUUGCCUCUUUGGCCCCGAGGAGACCUGAUCCAAAAGAGGGAAAACAUCACGCAGCUGCUUGAAACAUCAUAUUGUGUUUUUAGAGCAAUCUGACCCUGCGCACCCAAACACCCUGGCUGAAAAUACUUCCCGGCCUUGACCAGGUCAUUUCCUGGACACAAGCCAGCCUGGCCUUGCUUGUCUGGCUCCUUCUAACCGUCCCUUGUGGCCAGGGCUGCCUGGUCCAUGGAUCCAAGACUGGGAAGCAGGGGAGUGCUGGAGGAAAAGGGGAGUGACUGGCAUAUCAGAGUUCGUAGCCCAACACACUAACCCCUAUGCCACACUGGCUCAGCCUUCCAGGAUGAACCUAGGCCUGAUCCUGAUGGAAAUUGUCCAUUAUCCUCUCCAUGCACUUCGCUGGCUUCAGCUCAGGUUGGGGAGGGGGCUCCCCCUCUCCACCGACCCCUUCCAGAUCUGAUUUUGCAUCUGCCAGGUUCACAGAAUUUGCUUUCAUGCUAACUGAACACCUGUAAAAAUCCUGUUCCUGCCAAUGCAACUUUUUGCACUAUUUUUGCAAAAUCCGGUGGUGGUUUGAGAGCAAAAUCCUGCUGAGGAUGAUAAGGUAACCUGGAGGAGCAGAGGUUUUCAUUUUUCUCUUUAGUAAUUCUUUUAAUGAGGACACCUCUCAUCCUCCAUGCUGAACCUCCUCAUUAUCAGGGAUCUGAAUUUCCACUGUGAGGCUAGUGACAGGGAGAAAAUCUUCCAGCACCAUCUUCUUGCAGAGAGAGAUGGCAGUUGGUUAUUUCAUGCCCUGCAGGGUGCUGAAAGGCGUGUGGGCGGAGGCUGCAAGCUUAAUGGCCCCUCACUUCCCUCCAUUUAAAGAGGAAGUUCUAUUUAGUGCAGGCUGAUUGAGGGACACAAAUCACCUGGCUUGCGGCUGGUACUUUUGGAUUGAUGGUGGAAUGCUCCUUGGAGAUGAAAUAGAGAAAUUCACUGGCAGUUGCCCAGUCUUAUUUUCUUACAUCAGGGUAGGCAAUGUGGCACCCUCCAGACAUUGUUGGACUACCAGUUGCAUCAUCUCUGUCCAUUGCCUGUGCUGCCAGGGGCUGUUGGAGCAUCCAAUGAAGCUGAAUUUCUUUCUUUCUUACAAUCUAGUGGUGUAUAAAUUGCAUGAAAUUAAAUAAAUAAGUAUUGGACUAUGUUUCAGAUACACCAAAAGUGGCAGUAGGAAGACCACGGGGUUAUGGUAUAUCAUACAGGAAAUCCCUGGAAACUUUGGAUUCUGUUUGAGUCAGCUGCUGCUUAUCCACCCUUUUUUGUUUGUCUUCAGGCAGAAAUGAAAUAUUUCCCCCUAUCCCUUAAUGUAAGCUUCUAUUGAGCUUUUUGGUUUUCAUACCUCUUUCAUCAAGAGCAACAAAAUCAGAAGAAGGGAAGGGAAAAUGGAGAGCGGAGGAAAAGGAUUCAGCUCACAGAAUAAAAGAAGCAAGAAUACCCAUGAGGUUUGAAGUGGAUUGGCCCCUAUCCAGCGGAGUUGCCCAAACGUGUCCAUGCAGACCAGGCUGCUUCAACUCCAUAUAUUUUGGACUACAGCUCCCAUCAGCCCCAGCUAGCACAGCCACGGUGGGAGUUGUAGCCCCAAACAUGUGGAGAGCAUGGAGAAGGCAGAUGUAGGCAGUUGUUUCAAGAGGUCUGCUGUAGGUUCAGAUACAGAGAGGGUGGUAUGGUCUUCAGUCCACUGGUGAAUGACAAUAGAAACUACCCUUUGUUAAGUAAGGAUUUGUUCUGCUACCUCCCCAAUAUCUGGUUUUUCUUUUUCUGAGGGAGAGCCCCCAAAGUGCAGGAAUAUGAUUCAGUAACCUGUGGACGUUAAGGAGUCUUGUUUAAAUCUUGAUUUUCUGUUGUACAAGCCGCACAAAGAGAAGAGGGCCUAAAAGUCUCAGCUGUGCUGAUGUUGUGGCUCUGCUUCCCUUCUUUAAUUCCUUUCCCACUUGAUGGGAAGGAGGGACCUGGGGCAGCUGGCUUCUCAGCAGACUUGAUGCAGGCCCCUUCUCUCCCUCUGUACAGGUCAGCCUGUAGUUAGGAACUUAUUUUGGAGCUGAGAAGUUCAUGGAUAAGGAGAGGACUAACUGUUGGUAGACAGGAUAAGAAGAAGAAGAAGAGUUUGGAUUUGAUAUCCCGCUUUAUCACUACCCGAAGGAGUCUCAAAGCGGCUAACAUUCUCCUUUCCCUUCCUCCCCCACAACAAACACUCUGUGAGGUGAGUGGGGCUGAGAGACUUCAGAGAAGUGUGACUAGCCCAAGGUCACCCAGCAGCUGCAUGUGGAGGAGCGGAGACACGAACUCGGUUCACCAGAUUACGAGCCUACCGCUCUUAACCACUACACCACACUGGCUCUCAUAGCUAAAGAGAACUUCCAUAUCCAUAUUCAGCAGCUGGAUGCCUCUGAACAGUAGUUUCUGGGGGCCAGGGACAAGCAACAAUGGGUGCUAUUGCCUUUUAGGGAGUUUCCAGAGAUAGCAAAAAUGUUUGAAACAAAAUGCUGGACUCAGUGUGGUUUUGGUCUAAUCCAGCAGCAGCUCAGCUCCUUUGUGGCUUAACUGUGUGUGUCCCCCCCACCACAUAUUGAGUAGUGUUGCGUUGAUUUGUCCCUUUUUAUGUUGAAGCUGGAAAGAGGGGUUGCAUGGGCCAGCCAUGCGAUAAUGCUUCUUGAGCUGUUUCCUUACUCUCUUUUUUCCUACUUGCCUGGGCCUGGGCCAUCACUUUGAAGACGUUUGAUGAUGGCCCCUGCUUCCUUGGGAAAUUGCUUGUCAUAAUUGCUUCCAGGUCCUCCUUUGCCCUGAGACUAUAAAGCCCCCCCCUCUCUUUUCCCCCUUAACCUUCUCUGUUCUCCCUCUCCCACUCUACAUUUUCCUGGGCUAAUACAGGGUGAGAAAACCGUCUCUGGCAAGCAGUCAGUAACCUCCUUGCCAGCUGGCAGUUCCCCCUUCCAUGGGGAGUGGAAGGGCAGGAAUGCAGGAGGAAAGGUUGCAGCAUUUGAGACUUCUUAGUUUGGAGAAAAGGCGAGUAAGAGGCGAGUUUAUGAAAUGAUGCUUAGCAUGGAGAAAGCAAAUAGAACUUGUUGGAAUGGAAUUGAGGGCAGAUAAAUGAAAGAAAGCACAUCUUCACUCAGCGGCAUUGUUAACCAUGGAACUCACUCCCACAGGAGGCAGAGAUAGGGCCUCUUGCAUUUCAUCAGAGAGGGCAUUCUGCGACAUCACCACUGCCACCAUCGUUGUACAUUGGUACCUCGGGUUACAUGCGCUUCAGGUUACAUACGCUUCAGGUUACAGACUCCACUAACCCAGAAAUAGUGCUUCAGGUUAAGAACUUUGCUUCAGGAUGAGAACAGAAAUCGUGCUCCGGUGGCGCGGCGGCAGCAGGAGGCCCCAUUAGCUAAAAGUGGUGCUUCAGGUUAAGAACAGUUUCAGGUUAAGAACGGACCUCUGGAACAAAUUAAGUACUUAACCCGAGGUACCACUGUAUUUGUAUGCCGCCUUUCCAUAGUUGAAACCAUGUUCGAGGCAGCUAGCAACAUGAGAAGAUGUACAUAAUUACAAACAUUUCAAAAAUGGUCAUAAACAAUAAAUAAAACAUAUUAAAAAGUACACUACCAAACUGAACAAUUUCCACGUCAAUCAUAAGAAGAUCUAAAGAUACAAAAAUUAAUAUCAGUAACAGCAGCACCUCCCCCCCAAGAAAAUCCUACUAAACAUUACCCCAGCCCAAGAAUGGUGCCAGCAGUGGAAAAGCCUUCCUCUGUGUUACCAUCAUGGCCAAAUUGUCUUGGUUCAGCUUGCUGCUCUGAAUGCCUUUACCUGGGCAGUAGAAGCAAAGAUGAAUGAUGAUGAUGAUGAUUUUAUUUUAUUUUCAUGUUAUUCGUAUUAUUAAUUUAGUUUGCCCAAAUGUAUGCUGGAACAGGUGCCUGUUCUCUGUUCUGCAAAAACUUGGAAGUUCCAUGCAUAGACAGGCGCUUGGCUGCUCUCAGCUUGUUGCUAUGGCACCUGAUUUCCCCCCUAAAAUGCUUUAGUAAAAUGUGCCAUGAUUAAACUCCCCUUCCUCCCCGCAAUAAGGGAUAAGUAAAUGAUUAGUGAUCACCUUCUUCCAUUUAAAAAGAAUGGGAUGCAAAGAUCAGGGGACUUGCUGGUCUGUGUCUUGAGAUUGCACAGGUAAACUCUGCUAGCAGUUUGAGAAACCUGGAGUCAUUUCUGAACAGAGAAGAAGAAGAACCUGAGAGUUAUUAGGAAAACCCCUGCUCCCCUCAUAGAGCUAUACAGUGGUACCUCGGGUUAAGAACUUAAUUCAUUCUGGAGGUCCGUUCUUAACCUGAAACUGUUCUUAACCUGAGGUACCACUUUAGCUAAUGGGGCCUCCUGCUGCUGCCAUGCCACCACCGCAUGAUUCCUGUUCUCAUCCUGAAGCAAAGUUCUUAACCCAAGGUAGUAUUUCUGGGUUAGCGGAGUCUGUAACCUGAAGCGUCUGUAACCCAAGGUACCACUGUAAAUCCCAGAGGGGAUUAACAGUCAUUCCCUCUUCCCAGGGAACCCUGGGAAUUGUAGUUCUGUGAGGGAAAUAGGGGGUCUCCUCAUAACUCUCAGCACUCCUCACAAAUUACAGUGCCCAGGAUUUGGGUCGGAGCCAUGACUGUGAUAUUAAACUGUUUUAAAUGUGUAGUGAGGAUGGGGCCUAAGUGCUUGAGAAGGCUGUUACUGCAGCCUAGGUGGUGCACUUGUAGAUCUAGAGCUCAGUCUGCCAGGUUUGUAGCAGGAAAGUUCCAGAGCAUGAUCACUGAGUUGAUCCCGAGUUGAGGCAUGCACAGAACCUUCUGCAUGUCCAUUCCACUUAUGACUUGGACAGUCCAGAAGCAUGUGCCGUCUGCUGAUCGCAGGAGUUGAUGUUGCAUCUCUUUUUCAUUGUGCCUGGAUUUUUUGCAGAGUUAGAACAGAUAAAAGAAAGUGAUAGUAUUUUUACAAAGUGAGGAAGUUCUUGUGAGAAAGAUGACCUGGGAGCGGGGGACGGGUGGGCCAUACUGGGGAAAGAAGAGGGGAGCACACACUGCAGAAAAAUUUCUGUGUCCAGAUUAUCUCUCCCCACACAAACAUGGGCAUUUAGAAUUCAAAUCUCUAAGAAGGCAAGGGAACUAAUCUUCCCAUCCAGUUCACACCAGAAAAAAUCCUGCAAUUAAUUUGUACCCCCACCCAGAUCAAAUCAGUUGUGCUUUGAUUCAUUUACCCCCCAAUAAAUUUCCCAACUCCAAAACCUCUGAAGCCUGCAUCAAUUGCCUUUCGACCACCUUCCCAUUAAUUAAUCCCCCCUAAAUCAUGUCUAGAUGAAGUCAUCUGAAAUUAAUGCGAUCUCGCAAAUUAAUACUCCACCCCCUAAACCCAGACCAACCUCCCAGUUCAGUUGUCUUCUCCCUCCUCAAUUCAUUACCUACCUGGAAACACUUGGGGAAAAUAUGGGGGGGGCAGUCUUCCUGGACCCACCCCUAGCAACUGUGUUUAGGGCAGAGCAGAAUGAGCAGUGGCAGGAUCAAAAGGGUUCUCCUCCCCCCCCCCUGCCCAAUUUCCUCCCUCUUGCCCCCCCCUUUAAAGAGACAUAUUAAGGAUUGCACUUCUCCCCUUCCUGCUCACCCCAACCUGCAUAGUGUAGAAUUUGGCAGGGGCUGUGAAGCCGCAGCUGGCACCUGAUAAUCUCCAGGGAAUGAUUCAAUCUGGGUCAGGAAUAUAACAUAUAUAUGUGUGUGUGUCCUCUCUCUCUCUUUCCCCUCCCAUACUUAAAUUCCUCAGGGGACCUGAUGGAAUUUGUCCUAUCAUUUGAGCUUCCUGCAGGUAGAACUCACCUGCUGGUGUUGAGUGAGGGGACUCUAGCUGUUUUUCCCAGGUGGAAGGGCCUGGCCAGUAGUCCUUUGGAACUGGCAAAAGCUUGCCCCUUGUUUCUUUUGAGCGUUCCUGUUUCUUAAGCAGAAAGGGAAACGGGAUCAGCUGGGCAAGGGCUGGUCACAAAAGAUCUGGACAGGGCAGUGGAAACAUGUCGAUGUUCCCCUUGGGACAUGUCUGGAUUGUGCUCCUGGCUCAAGGUCUGGAUGAUGGCAGGAAUGGAGCUGGUGAAGGAAUUUUCUCUCCUCCCUCCCUUCCUCCCCACUCCCAGUUCAGAUUUCCCGGGUUGGAUUCACAUGGUUCCUCAUGGUUAAUGCUGCAAUUAAAAAAAAAAAUCACACACACACACCAAGCACUUCUGCUGCUCCCACCCUUUUUGCUUUUGCAAAAGUGUAUUCCAAAAGAGGGUGGGGUUUUUUUCACACACACACAGACACACACAGACACACACACACACACACACACACACACAGGCUUCAUUUAAUUCUCACUCGCUUCCCCCCCGCCACCCCCCCCAUCACUGCAGAAAGCAAACUCUUCUCCCCCUCUUCAAUUUGAGGCAAUUUAUUGGGAGUCGGGUAUGAAUUACAAGGCACAGUGCUAACGAGCACCUGCUUGUAUGUAAUUGACUUGACUGCUAAUUGCUGGGAUAAUCAUACUUUGUGCAUAAUGGUUUUCACAGAGAAGGUUUGUGGUGCCGUGCACCAGGCGGUAGCUUGCUUGGCUCAGGCGCGGGUUGCAGCGGGGGGGGGGGGGGCGGCACAGACCUGGAUAGUUCUUCCAUUUUCGAAGCCUGCAAAAAACACACACACACACACCCCCAUCUCAACCAUUUCACCAGUCUUGGCAAAUGUGUUGCCUGCUAGAUGUUUUGCACUGCAACUCCUCUCCCUCCCUACCCCAAAACUGAGUGAUUCGGCAAACUCCAGAUUCUUUCAGGUUCGACCCAUAACAUCCCAGGUAGCACCAUUUGGGGUUCAGCUCUUGAUCCAUGAGAGCUUCUGCCCCCUGGUUCAUCAGAUUAGCACAAGAAUCCAGGAGGAACUUUAGAGGUGGAUCAGGCCAAAGGGGGCCCCAUCUAAUUCAGCAUCCUGUUCUCACAGUGGCAAACCAGGUGUCUCUUCUGGGAAGUAGGAUACAAGUAGGAUACAAAUGCAACAGCCACUCUCCCCACUUGUACUUCUCAACAACUGGGUAUUCAGAGGCAGGCGGAGGCUGAGACUGGAGGAAGUACACAGCCAUGAUGAGUAAUAAGCUUUGAUAGCCUCCUCCUCCGUGAAUUUGUCUAAUCUCCUUUCAAAGCCAUCCGUGCUGGCGGCCAUCGCUACCUCCUGUGAAAGUGAGUUCCAUAGUUUAACUUACACGCUGUAUGGAAGACUGCUUUUGUCUUGAAUUUUCCAACAUUCAACUUCAUUGGACAUCUGUGAAUUCUAAUGUUAUAAGAGAGGGAGAAAAACUUUUCUCUAUCCACUUUCUCCACUAAAUGUAUACAGUGGUACCUUGGGUUACAGAUGCUUGGCUACAGACGCUUCAGGUUACAGACUCCGCUAACCCAGAAAUAGUACCUUGGGUUAAGAACUUUGCUUCAGGAUGAGAACAGAAAUCGUGCAGCGGCGGAAGACCCCAUUAGCUAAAGUGGUACUUCAGGUUAAGAACAGUUUCAGGUUAAGAGCGGACCUCCAGAACGAAUUAAAUUCUUAACCCGAGGUACUACUGUAAACUUACAGUCUGAAGUCCCUGCUUGAAUUUAUAUCCAACAACAGCAACAUUUGUACCCCGCCCAUCUGACUGGGUUGUCCCAGUCACUCUGGGUGUCUUUCAACAAACUAUAAAAACACAAUCAUUAAAAGCUUCCCUCUACAGGGCUCUUCUUCAGAUGCCUUCUAAAAGUCGUAUAAACAUCUCCUUGACAUCUGAGGGGAGGGCGUACCACAAGGUGGGUGCCACUACCAAGAAGGCCCUUUCAUCCAAGGAGUUCCAGGGUGGUAUAAUGGUUCUCCCCUCCCCAUUUAAUCUUCACAACAUCCCUGGGAGGUAGGUUAGGCUGAGAGUGAGUGAUUCAGUGAGCUUUACGGCUGAGUGGGGAUUUAAGCCCUUGUCUUUCAGGUCCUAGUCUAACACCCUUAACCUCUGCACCACACUGGCUGCCCCAGUGGCCUCUUUUUGGUCUCUUUCCCAACCCAAAAUCAAAGUAGCAAGUUCCUGUCCUUCAAGAAUCUGAGCCUGAAAGACAGGGUUGCAGUUUUGCGCUUGACUGCUUGCUCCUGUUCCUUCAAAGAAUGAGUUGAGGUGGUGAAGACUCACUGAUCUGUUCAUGACAGAGCAAUAUGGUCAUUGCUAACAUUUGUUGCUAACACACAUUGCUGUGUGCUUUAAAAUUUUGCAGAGGGAUGCUACAUUCUGUGUGAUGUAUUUAUUAAUCACAUGCCAGUGAUCUCAAGGUGGCAUACCAGGUUCUACCCUCCACCACCUUAAUCCUCAUGACAACCCUUUGAGGUAGGUUAGGCAGUGACUGGCAUAAAGACACCCAGUGAUCUUCAUUAUUUACUUAUUGCCCGCCCUUCAUCCUAAGGUCAUGGCUGAACAUGGGUCUCCACAGUCCUACUCUAUCAUUCUGUCCACUAUGCCACAUCUACACUGCAGUAAAUUUUGAGGUUCCUGUAUUCUGCGGAUUCCCUGAUUCUUGCAUUAAUUUGUUGGUCUUGUUGGGUCUAACGGGCAAAAUAGUUUAUGAAGGGCAAUGAGAAAGAUUUGUGCACCUUACACGGUUUUCUGCUUGCAUUGUUCAGUUGCUUGGUGGUCAUAUCUUCUGGCUCAUUGAAAGUCUUAGAGUGUAAUGAAGUGGCUCUUAGCUUGUGAUUUGAAGGAGUCCCCACCCCUUCAAAAACCUGGUGCUGCCAAAUCUCUGUGUUAUUACUAUUAUUUAUUGCAUUUAUAACCUACCUGUUCUACGAAGGAGUCCCAAGAUGGCGUGCGUGGUUGUCCCCUUCCUCAUUUAAUCCCCACAACAACCCUUUGAGGGAGGUUAGGCUGAAAGGCAAUGACUGGCCCAUGGCGAGUGUCAUGGCCGAGUGGGGAUUUGAACCUUGGUCUCUUCCAGGUCCUAAUCUGAUGCUCUAACCACUACACCAUGCUAGUUCUAUGUAGUGUGCAGAGAGGAAAGGGAAUGAAGGAGGCUGAAAAAGAGAAUACACACACACACCAUGGUACCUCUAGUUACGAACGUAAUUCGUUCCGGAGGUCCGUUCUUAACCUGAAACUGUUCUUAACUAGAGGCAUGCUUUCACUAAUGGGGCCUCUUGCUGCCAGCACACGAUUUCCGUUCUCAUCCUGGGGCAAAGUUCUUAACUCGAGGUAACUCUUCCAGUUUAGUAGAGUUUGUAACCUGAAGCAUUUGUAACCUGAGGCGUUUGUAAUUUGAGGUACCACUGUAUAUACGAGAGAGAAGAAUUGCUGCAUGGUAAUGGUUACCAUGGUGACCUCUCUAUCUAUAUCCAUGCAUCCCAGCUGCCUACAUCUUUAUUUCUCUGUUUUGCCCCUUACGUCUUUCAGCAAUUUAGGGUGAGAGAGAAAGAAAGAGAGUUUGCUAGCUGAGGUGAGGAGAGGCAUUCUCCCCUGGCAGGGAUACCAGAGACUCAUUGCUGGAGAGACGCCUGCCUCCCCUCAUGUAAAGCCAUUUGCGACUCCAGAUAUCAUUAAACAAAUUAUUGUCGAUUAUCUUGUUAUUUACCUUCCCUUCACCCUUAGGCUAGGUUGCAACAAUUGAAACACAAUGUUAAAAACAGUUUAAAGCAACUUGAAACCACAGAUAGGAAAUCCAGAUCUCAGAGUCAAAUCCUCCGCCUGCCCAGUCAUCUGUAAAUUUGGCUUUCUCAUUGUUCUUCCUUCUUUCCAGGUUGUUUUAGGGCAGCUGAAAGGCACCAGUCCCAAUACUGAUCUUUGGGGGACUCUACCGUUUAUAUACCCACAGUGUGAGAAUUGUCCAUAUUUCACUGGGUGGCCCAGGAUCUAGUGUCCAGCAACUAGGAGGGCAUGCAUUAAUGAUGGUCCUGAGCUGCUUGGGCUUCCAAAGGCCGCAGUGUUUCUGAGGACAUCUUCGUCCGGCCUUUCUCCUUUGAAUUGCUGUGCCAAUGCUUGGCAUCAUCAAUGCCACAAAGGUGUUCAUGUGGUUAAAAAAGCAAACAAACAAUUAAAAGCUUCUAGUCCUCAAGACAGCAGAGGCAGGCGCCAAAGUGUGGGCAGCAACACCAUGCUGGUGAAAUUUCAGAAGACGGCUGGGCCAGGGAAGGAAGCAGGGUCAGGAAGUAGGAAAUCAGCAAAGGAUUGUGGGGGGAGAAGCAAAAAACCAUGUUUUCUGUUUUCUGACUUUGCUUUAAAAUGUAUGUAGACUUGCAAUAGUCUAGUCUAGUCUAGUGUUCUUCUUCUUGUUGUUGUUAAUAACAGUAAAUAAAUAAGUGAUUUCUUCCCAUCAAAAAUUCAUUCUUGCUAGUAGGGGUGUAGAGGGUACCAUUUUCCUGCUCCAGCUUCCACACUUCCACAUGUUCCUCCCCACUUUCCAAAAAGCUGCCAGUUUGUAUUGUGUUGAGCCAUCAAUCCUGGAAAGUUGCAGAAUUGUUUCAUCGCAGUGCAAAGGUCCCAGUGAGCCAGUGGUUUCUCGCCAGCAAAUAUAAGGAAGGCUCACAGCUGCAGUAUAGAAAUUAUAGGCUUUGAACUCCCUGGUCAACUUCUCUUCCCUACCCCACCCCCAACACAUUGAUUGAGUUGUUACGGGGUGUGAUCAGAGGGAAAUGAAAGGCAGAGAAGUUUGCAGAGAUAAUUACGUACUUCUUCGCAGCGGUAAAUCACCCAGUAGUUUUUGAUGACACACACUGUCCUGGCAUCAGUAAGCCAGUGAAAACAUACAGUAUGCUAAAAAUCCUUUGUCCCAGUUCGAUCCACAAGUGAUAGCAUCGGAACUCUUCGGCAUGCUUUUCAUAAAAGAAGGCACUUCUUCACAAAGCACAGAGUUAAACUAUAGAACUCACUCCCACAAGAGGCAGUGAUGGCCACCAACUUGUAUGGCUUUAAAAGAGGAUUGGACAAAUUCAUGGGGGGCAAAGCUAUCAAAGGCUACUAACCAUGAUGGCUGUGCUCUGCCUCCGUGGUCAGAGGCAGCAAUGCUUCUGAAUAUCAGUUGCUGGAAGCCACCGGAGAGGAAAGAACUCUUGACUUGGGUCCUGUGUGCGGGUUCUCCGCAUGCAUCUGAGUGGCCACUGUGAGAACAGGAUGCUGAAGUAGAUGGGCCCUUGGCCGAUCCAACACAUUCUUAAGUUCUUACAUUUUAAAAACUUGUUUCCCUCUGGUUUACAACCCUGUCCCCCAACCUUGUAGACGUGUACCUGAAUCCAGGAUAAUACUUCCUACACCUGAUGAAGUGAACUGUAGUCUUUAAGGUGCCACAAGAGUCUUUGCUAGUUUUCCAGCAAAGUGACAUGUAAACACUAGAUGCCCCUAUGGAAAUCCUUUAAAGUAGUUUAGGCUUAGGGGGUCCAUGCUUAACCAGUGGGUUUUAGGGCCAAGUAGGAUUUGAACUCUGAUCUCCAUUGUAAUAACCACCAUACCACAUUGAGCCCACAUUCACAGCAUACAUUUAAAGCAGCAUCCUACCACUUUAAACAGUCAUGGCUUCCCCCCAAAGAAUUAUGGGAGCAAUAAUUAAGGGGGCUGAGUCAGGAGACACUCUCCUCUCUCUCAGAACUACAAUUCCCAGAUUUCCUUGGGAAGAGGGAUGGAUUGUUAACCACUCUGUGAGUUGAAGCUCUGGGAGAGGUCUCCUAACAACUCUCAGUGCCUUUAGCAAACUACAGCUCCCAGAAUUCUUUGGGGGAAGACAUGGCUAUUUAAAGUAGUACCAUAAUGAUUUAAAUGUAUGCUGUGAAUGUGCAGUCAAGCAACUGAUGCUUUCCCCCUUCUUUAUUUUUCUUUAAAAGAGCUGCUUUUCUCGAAGUUGCAAAAGGGGAAAAUGAUUCAGUUGUUUGUUAUGUCUCUUUUGUCCCUGGGUCUUCCAGGUGUACAAUGAGUGCUUCCUGUUUAUGGCCUUGACACUUUCAGGACUUGUUCUAAGACAAAGUGUUGUGUGGAAACUUUUCCGUAAGGUGUUCCCUGGGGGUGGGGAAGGGGGAGGGCUCCAGAAAAAUGUGUUCCAGAACUGAGCUGUUGGGUUCUUCUGAGUUCAUUUGCGUUUAGGACAGAACAGAUUGGUGCCAUUUUGCUGCCUUAAAUGGUGCUGUUUUGCCAUUUUAAUAUACAUUUCAAUAGUUUCUCAUGUUGUCCAUUUUCACCCAUUAUUGUACAUUUUUAUGAACGUGAAAUAUAAUUUUUUGAACUACUACUAUCAUGGUCAAAUGGGGAUUGAAGUGGCUUUCAAAUUCUACAGGUUCCUAAAGUAUUGCUGACCUUGUCUGUUGCAGCUAAAUUAUGCCGUAAUAUAUUUGUUAUUCUUUAAAAUACUACUGGUAAUGUCAUGGGAACACAAGGUAUAUGAGGCUUUAUGGAGGGAAUAAUAUCAUUUCUAGGGAAGACCUGACUUCCAAGCAGCUGUUCCAACAUUACAUUCCUCAUAAAGCAUAUGAUGUUUAACACUUAUCCCUGUAGGUAGAAAGGCAGCAUCUCAGGUUGCAGGGUUCUGAUACACUCUUCUGUCUGACACAUGCAGACCUUUGAACCCCCACCUUUCAUUUAAAAUCAGGCUCCACUGAACCCUGAAGUGUGUCUAUGAUGUAUGCAGAUUAAUCACCCCACCCCAUUUUCUCAAUGUAAAUCUGUCCUGCAAGGUACUUCUGAAUGUACCACAUAACAAGAGAAAAAAGCAAUAGUGUUAAUUCUUUUUCUCCCCCUCUUUUUUUUGUAGGCUUCUUUUAUUAAACCUCAUCACAAAUUCCCAACGCAUCUGGAUUUGCACAGACAAGUGGAAUACCAUGAACUGA